AUUGGGACUACAGGCAGCUGCUCACCGUGUGUGUAUGGUUGUAUCCAGUCGUGUAUUUUGCUUUGGCAAUGGGGAGUGGAUACAGGGAACAGCUUUCCAAAACAGGAGGUAGAGAUUGAAAUGAAACAUUUUAUAACUUAUUUUAUUGCUUAAGUACAGACCAAUGUUUUACUACAGAAAGUUAACAGAGAGACAUGCCAGGCACAAAGACAGCAAGACAGGGAGAGAGAGAGAGAGAGUGAAAAAGGCAAGAGAUAAGACAAGAGAGUGAGAAAUAGAAAUAUAUUUAUACAUACAUAUACAUAAAAAGAAAAAUAAGAUUACAGCAGAAAUACAAGCAGGAGACAGAUUGAUAGAUAGAAAGAAAAAAAGAAAAAGAAAGAAAGAAAGAAAGACAGAUGUGCAAUAGACAGACAGACAGAUAGACAGAUAGAUAGGGUUUAGCUGUGCUUGGUGACUGUACAGGAUCAGUUAAUGGUACUGGUUCCUCUGUCUGUGUGUGCAAACUGCUUCUGCUGUGUCUGCUAAUAGGAUAAAUGAGGACUCCCAUGUAUAUUGGGAGAACGAUCUCAUAUAGACAUAUUUAGACAGGGAAUGGGGGGUGGGUGCAAGUGACGAAUGCCCAGAGUGCCAAGCCCGUCAGAAGAGGAUAGCCCUCCCACCUGGUUGACCUCCUCCUAUCCUGCCCCCUCAUCCUCUUUUAUGGCCUUGGUGUCAGAUUUUCUCUUUGCUUUUCAGUCUCUGCACAUUGGGAAGGUGAACACCACUGUACCCCAGACUCUCGCCACCAUUUCAACCUGUUCAGGGAGCAGCUCCCCCCCAAGCCACAGUAACAGAGGAGUUUCUCCACCACCAAGAAAGCAAGGGACCUUAUCCAACCACUUGAGGGGCGGAGAAGGGGAUUUUGGUUUAUCCUCCCACCCCUGUUGAAUUUACUUUAAAUUAGACCUGGUAGGGGACCUGAACCUGUGACCUGUUGACUUGGAACGGGCGAGAGGAUGAAGGGGCCGUGGCUCGUGCUGGCAGCUCUGUGCCUCGCCCUGGCAAGUCUGGGAGCCUGGGCAGAGGAAGGACUCAAUUUCCCAGAGUAUGACGGAGAGGACAGGGUGAUCAACAUCAACUUGAAGAACUACAAGGCAGCGCUGAAGAAGUACGAUGUGUUGGCCUUGCUGUACCACGACCCUAUUGAGGAUGACAAGGCUUCCCAGAGGCAGUUUGAAAUGGAGGAGCUUAUUUUGGAGGUACAACAAGGAUGUAUACUAAUUAUUUGACUCAUAUCCUCUUUCUACAUACAGAAACACAAACACAAAGUGGAUUAUCUCCCUGAUCAUCAUAAUUUCAGAGUAGAUAUAUAACAGGUGAUGAUGCCCUUUUGUGGACCAACAUUAAUGUCCACGUCUCAGAUGUCCUUCUUACGUUGGUUAACUAAAAGGUUUCAUACCUUGUGUUGGGUAAAAUUACGUGGGUGGCCAGGAGCUUGAGGAGUACACUAGAGAUGCAUUUUUGAUUAUAAUGGUAUUAUAGAUAGUUUUAAAGUUUUGGGUGCUUGGUUUCAAUAAGAAUAAUGAUCCCUUGAAAAUUAUAGAGAAUUGCAAAUUUAAAACCAAAAUAGUCAAUUCGGAAAAGUUCAAAUCAGCUAUCUCUCCAUGUAGGUUGUUUGGGCCUGGUAAUUAGUCUACAGAUCCCAGUUUGGUAACUGUGUGGGCAAGGUGUUUUAAAAAAAAAAGGAACUAAAUUAAGAGUUUCCCAUAAAAUGUAUCACGACUUAUAUAGAAGUGCCUACUUCCUCUUUCCUCUGGGAAAUGUAGAAUUCUAUGUGAGUUUGAAAGAUUAAUGUUGCGUGAUAAAAAGGUCAGUGUGCGUUAAUAUUAUAAUUAUCUGUAACACGGAAGAAUUAUGGAGCACACACAUGUAAGAAAUUCUAUUCUUUGCUCUAUUGACUUUACACAAUAAAUUUAACAGAUACAUUUAAAUAGAUUUAAAACAAAGCACGUCUGAAAAGGCUAACUGUUAUAAUUACUCUUCAUUUAGCUAGAAUUAGCCGUAAUAAGCAGAUUCAUUCCCCGCUGUUGAUGAAUUGUAUAUUGAAACUAGGAGAAUACAAAAUAGGAACACAUUGUAUCUAUUGCAAAAAGAUUUUACCGUUCUAACAGUAAUGAUCGAGUUAGAUGCAACAGUGCUUAGAUGACUUGUCUUGACUGUCUGUCCAUCAGUGUAUACAUUUAUAAAACCCUGCCCCCUUAGUGCUGUGAUACAAUAAACCAGUAGAGAUUGCAUAAAUGGGAGCGACAUGGGGAGGGGCAUGAAUUAAGAGGUAAUAUGAGAAAUUAGCAAGACGAGGAUUUGAGAUGUUGAGAGGGUUCAUGAUUGCAUGAAGUCAUCUUAUACACAGUAUUUGUCAAAAUAAUUCCAUAUAAAAGACAAGAUUAAUUAGCAUAAUCUUGUAAAUUAAUGGGUACAGUUUUUGAAGAAAAGUAAGAAUAAUAGAUUUUGCAAACUCAAAAUAGCGCCCCCAUAAACUGGAAAGGACUUUCAGGAAACUGCACCCAGAAUCUCUCCGAAGCAGGUUUCCAAGUUUGAAUGAUUUUUACGUUAGACGUCCCCCAGCAGUGAUAUUGGAUACAGCAAUUGCACCAGUAGAGCAAAUAUGGCCUUUACAAUAGUAAUACUGUCCCUUUAACAGUCAAGUGUCAUUCCAAUCAGACAAUAAAAAACUUAUCUAUUUAUAGUUUGACCAAUACCAUGCUUUUUUGCCAUUUAUGUUUGUUUGUUUGUUUGUAUAUAUGUUUUGGGGGGUAAGAACACAAUUUUACUGAUUUGCACAGACACAAUUGUCAAUAACUAAUAUUUUCUCAGUGAUAAUUGUAUUUUAUUCAUUUAGCCGUGAGAUGACAUGUAAAGUAGUCAAGUUGAUGAAAUGUAUUUUUAUUUUCCAAAUCUGCUAAUUUAAUCUAAACAUUGCCAAGAUGGUAAAUGAUGUAAAAACUCACUGUUUAGCUGAUAAACCCCUUAGAUCAAUCCCAGUGCCUCAGUCCGUCCAUGCACAGGGGCCCUUACAAAAAUAAACAGGGUUAUUCCCCAAUGUGAUUCGUCAACAUUUCAGUCAAAUUAUCGAAUCAGAUUUGCAUUCAAUUCUGCUAUUUUGACUAAAAUUUGAACUUCACUUUGAAUUAACUCCUGAAUAUAGUCACUUUAUUGAAUAACCCUGAAAGUGGUUUUGUUUGUGAAGCCCUGUAGAAGGCCAGGCAGGGUUAAAGACUGGUGUCGCUUUACAUUCACUGGACAGGUGGGCAGUAUAACUAGCCCAUCGAUCACAGGGCUUGGCUCAAACCCUACGUACACCUGUCAUUUUCUUUUCUCCAAAAAUAAAGUGUAGUCCGGCUCGGCAACGUUAGCUACGAUACUCCUCGAAACUCAGUUUUCCAAAAAGUCAGACAUUCUUUUUGACACAAGGGGGUUUAUUCACUAAACGGAGGGUUUGGCUGUAUUGACAACUUAAUUGCAAUAUCCAUUUUAUAAAAAAAAAAUUCAUAAAUGGAAAAUGACCACAUUUGUAUUAUUCAGAUUGAUUAUUUUGUCCUAAAUUCUUCACACAACUCACAGUUUAGCAAGAAAGGUCUAUGGUGUAUCACAGACACUAGAUAAUGGAAAUACCAUGGUGGUGUGAGACUCACCAGCUUGUACAUGCCAGGAAAAGGUUUAUUCACAGUGGCAGUUACAGUCCACACCGGGUAGUUCAAUGAAUAAUAUAGGCAUUGUACUCCAAGAGUAACACCAGCAGAUACAAGAUCAUGUAUGCCUCCUCCAAGAUGGCCUCCAGAAACUGAUGAAAGUGGCCAUCUCACAACGCAUUGCCGUAGCCUCUAGUAAAGGACCUGGACAAACCUAGUAAUGUUUGUGUACGUAUAGAACAACAAUUAAAAUACAUUAUCUUUACUAUCUGGUAGCUGUUUUGUACAACAUAUAGGUACAAUUCACUGCACCAGGCACCACUAUUGCGUUAGCAUUAAUGUAAUGAUUAAAGAGGCAGUAAUGUUUAAAGUGAACACGUAAUGUAGAAAACACUGAUGAAAAACUCAGCCUUGUGUACAUAUAGAAAUUAAUAUUUAUAAAUAUACACAUUGUGUUGACAAUAUUAUCAUCAAAUAUAUUGAUUAAAGGAUGCGUUGGCCUAAAGAUUGAUUGUGCGACCUCCAAGAUGGCGGCUGCAAUGGAUGUUAGCGCAGUGCAUCCAUCAACCCCCUAAAGAUGGAUGUCCCACAAUCCUGCAAUGGAACAGACGCACUGCAUGCUGGGAAGAUGGCACAAACGGGUGUGGGGCUACUGCCUCCAAAACCAAAGUGUGGUGUUAAAUAAAAAUGAGUCCGAAAUGUAUUACUUGCCAAUUCAUUGUCAAAUAUACAGCUGGGAGGAGAGGGGGCAGGGACAUCAUAGGGGUGCUAGUGAUUCUGUUUGUGUUGCUAGUGGCCGUUGUGGGUGUAAAAGAAGCGGUUUGAUGGUCAGUUUGGGUGAUGGUCAGUUUGGUAGGGCAGCUAGUGAAGACCUACCAUGUGCACCGUGAUACGGUUAUACCGUGAUGCUGCACUGUACAGUGCAAAUGAGUUUAAUAAUGCUAUUGUUCUGUGCUUUAUAGGGGCUUUGACUAUUCUCUAGUAUCCCCAGACAGGGGCACAAAAUCAGGACUGUCUCAUCACAAUAGGUCAAUUGGCAUGUAUACAAUAUAUUUGUUAGCCUUCCCUAAAAGGCUGGACUUCAAGGGUAAAUUAUAUUUGUGAAUUUCUAGAUUAUAAUCUGUAGUUUUUACAAUCACCAUCCUUUUUAUACGUACAUUUAGAUACAUACCCUGGUCUAAACACGUAUAGAUGGCACUAUAAGUGAGCUUGGCAUUUUGAUUUUUUAGUUGACUGCAGCUGAGAGAAAAUGGCUUCUAGAAUCACAUAAAUGAAAGACCUACACUUUCCAUAAACAGAAAUCAAGAAUUCAUAAGUGACUUUAAAGGGAAAUUUAUAAAAAAAAAAACAAAAAACUUUUUGAUAAAAAAUGUCUGCUAAUAAAACAAGGUGGCUGCUCUAUAACACCUGGUUUUAUCAGUACAUCAUAACAUUUGAUGACAGCACAUAUUAACAAAGGACUGUGGCAAGGCGCCCAAGCUGUGUGCUUAUUACGGAAUAAUUUAAAUCUUUGCUUGACUUGAGAGGAACUUAAUUUUAGGACCGAUAACUUAGCAGUGUUCACAAUCUGAUCUCUGAGGCCUUGCAGCAUAUACAUGCCCAUAAGAGUGGGACAUUCUAUUUUGAUAUAGGUUCUUGAACCACCAGAUAAUUAUAAGUCACUGAUAUUUGAGGAUUUAGAUCUAAAAAAAGCUGCCACUUUAUAAUUGGAGAAUGUUUCCAGAUCAUCUACGUUUGUCUAAAUGUUGACAUUUGGAUGUUUAUUGCUACAAUAAGGAGUUUAUUGAUUAACGCUAUGAGUAAGUUUGCAAAACCGAUUUCCGCCUCAAUAAUACAGGUCUGCUACAAUUCCCAUCAUCCCAACGAGCAUGAAAGCUCAGCGAUGAUACAAACAAAUAGGGAAACGGGUAGCGCCGCCGCCACUAAAAACCAAAUAAGAUAAAUAAAAAGCAUACAACAGGCAAAAUAAACAGAGAAUAUAUGAAUAGAAACUGAAAAGUCCAGGGUAGAUAGUCUAUAUGGUGGAUGAGUCCAACACCAUAUAGAAAGCUCAGCGAACCUAGGGCAAUAUAUAUCUACCACCGAACUGAGACACCUCCAACAUAAGAAGAUCCAGCUACUUUUUGGACUCUUUCUAGACUCCAGUAUUAUCACAGGUUUUAUUAAAGACUUUUUAGCAUUGGGAUCAUUUUUCCUGUUUAUUUAUACAUUUGUCUUAUCCCAUUUUAUAUUUACUUUUAUAUUCACUACCAUAUAGCGCAACCUAUAUAUUUUCUUUUGUUUGUCCUUUCAUUUGAGGAAUAGAGAGGGAACCUCAUUUUUAUAGGUUGCUGCUUCCUCAUUUGUCCUUUAGCUUCUACUGACUUUUUAGCGCUGUCCCACUACUUUGCUGUUGAACCUAGGGCAAUACCUGUUGGCCACUCCUGACGGAAUUUAAAAAUGCCUUCUUUGGGCAAAACAGAGAAUAUCCAUGUUUGAGCAUAGAUUGCGGAAUGUUAGUAGGAGGGUCAAAUCGCACUGCCAAGGGUUAAAUUGCCGUCAGCAAAUAGCGUUGGCAACCUUGGGCUUUAUAACUGUGUAAUGUCAAACUGUAUGCAUACAAGGUUAUUCAUACAAGUGAGAAUUAUCAGUGAAUUAAAAAAGACUGAAUGCAAACUUCCAGUCUAGCUAUUUUGCUACAAACUCUAAAUCUAUUUAUCCAACAGACAGAUGAUUUGCGAAAUAAUUCAAUGUACCCUCCUAUGUUCAGCUGUGACUGUGUGCAGGUAGAUAUACUAUCCAGAUUAGUACAUAGCUCAGUUACCUACAGUCAGUCUGUAUGAGUGCUGAGCACAGGUGCACAGAAUUCUUUUCUCCUUAAUUCUUGUAUCUUGUCUGUGUUUUCUAAAAUUAACAGAUCUGAACGCUUUACUCCUUAGGGUUCCACCCACCCUGUGAAAGACAGACACAAAUACAAACAUAGAUGAAUCAACAGAUAAACGCAUUGCUGCUCUCUGGUAAUAAGGCACGAGCAAAUAUUGAGCCAAAUAAUUUAAACACACGCUAAUUAAAAAUAUCACAAGUGGUGUUCCCAGCAACCCCAAUAAUGUAGAGGGUAUGAGUAUAUAGGUGUACCACAAAACCCCAGUGGAUGCUGCAGAAUGCAACUCCCAUCACUCUCUGCCAUGAAUUACCCAUUAACCCAAACCUAGUGACUAAACCAUGACUCUAAGUAACACUAUUAUGUGUUGAUACAGUGUUGAUAUUGGGUUGUCAUUACAGAAUUGUCUGCAUUAUUGACAUUUCAAACACCACAUUUUAAAUAAUGCGGGUUCUUUAUAUAUAUGUGAAUCUUUGCCAUGUACUAUAAACAGGAAAUAUAAUCAUUUUUUAAAUAUAUGUCUCCUGUGUAUUUUAAUUAUUAAAACUAUUAUCUAACAUUGCAAAAGUCUUUUGAAAAGGCACAGUCGCGGCAUUCCAUGCUAAUUAAUUUACUGCCCCAUAAUCCUUUGUGAUACAUUUAUGCUAACAGACAUGGUUCUUUCAUCUGUGCAAGUUUGCAAACAGUUUUUUUUUUCAUUUUAUCUGUUUGUUUUUAAUCAUUUCAACACCACAUCUGUUUUGGCAGAAGUCACAUAUAAAAUUACGGGUGUGAUGUAAAUCUUUGGGAGCCAAAGGCGGUGUGAUUUAGAUUCACCUGAGAUAAAGCAUUGGUGUCCUUAAAUAAAGUCUGUGGGAGGGUCUUUAAGGAUUGGGACACUGUACCUUUAUAAGGUGUUGUGCGGCGAUGAAUCCAGAAAAAGAAUCCCCCCUCCCUCCCGUUAUGGAGCCCAGCCAACGGUGACGUGUGCCCUUGUAGCCAAGAAGGGCUGUGGCAGAUGUACCCGGCUGGAAUGGGAGAUGUGUUUAGUGGAGCUGGCUGGUAUAUCCCUCCCCUUCUACUCCUUAAGUUACAGCCUGAAGUGCACAUUCAGGGGAAAUGGAGCCUUGCAAACUCCUGCUGUAGAUGGUUUGUGAUCUAGAAAAAGGAGCCAGGGGCUUAGGAUGAGACCCAUCUCUCCUUAUAUUGAACUUACUGUACCCAUCCAAGAAUCAAAAAUAGAGCCUUUAUAAGGUUUCUGGGAGCCCGACACUACACAUUUAGACAGGUUACUGCAUUUCAGACUGGCCUCAGUUUAUACCCCAGAAGGUAUAAUUCCCUAUAUUUAACCUACAGCCUUGAAAGGCUCCCAUACUGUACAGCGCUGCGGAAUAUGUUAGCGCUUUAAAAAUAAAACCUGUUUGUGUAUUUGUAAAAUAUAUUAGAUUUAUUUAAUAUUAGCAGCUAAUGUCCUUCCAUUGCAUUUGAUUGUAAGCUUUUUAGAUAGCGAUUCAUUUUAAUUAAGUUUUCUCUAGUUGAACUUAGCCUGGCUGAGGUUGAUGUGAGUCGGGGACCAACCUUUUAAGUAAAUGUGAUAUUUUUCUGUAUCCAAUAGAAAAAAAAAAUUUGUUUUGUUUUUUUUAAUGGAAUUUCAGCUAAUAAAUAAGCAGUCUGUAUGUUGUAUUUUACAAAUCAAUUAAUUUUCCUAAUUUUUAUUCCUGACAAAAGCAAAACGCCAGUUAGCAAAAGGGAUACGCUGUAGAUUUUUAAUGGCUCAUUCUUAAGGUUAAACCAUCAACACAUCUUUCCCACUCUAACGCACAAAGACCAAGCGUGCAGAAUGGUAGUAGAUUCAGGGGACAGCCUGCCAGCAUGGGUGGAAUAGAUAACAUAGUUACACAGUUAAAAAGAGUGUGUUUUGGAAAAUGAAACUCUGUAGGAAAAAGAAUCAGAUGUUACUGUUUGAUAUGACGAAAUAAUCAGUCUCUUGCUCGAGAGUUUCAUCAACAUGUCCUAACCCUAAGAAUUAGCUAUUUACUGUUUCACAAACAGCUGAAAGUGGAUUUUUUGCAUUAUCUGCGACUCUGCCAAUCAUGAUUACUGUAACAUAGACGCUAGCCCCUCUCCUGGAAAUUUUCAGAGAUGUGGGAACUAAAUUUGGCAAGUGAACCUGAACAUUAAGAUAACUUCCUUCCACCAAACGAUCAGGGUAAAGAUUAAUUUGCAUUGAAUGCCCUGCCUGUGCCUUUUGAGAAGACAGUGGUGGUUCUAUAUAAAUGAAUGCAUUAAACAUCUACUUCUAAGUGCCGGUUUAUGGUAGCCAUGAGGCUCUCAUCACCCCACCAUGCGGAAUACUGCUUGUAGUUAGAUUGUUGCAGAACAAGCCUUUCCCUUUAUACUAUGCCAUAGGCAGCUGCUGUUCUCUCCAUAUAAACCCAUCCAAGCAUUGUGGGCGCUGGCAGGUUUGGGCAAGAGAUGGUGUAACGAGAGGCAGAAGGGAAUCUCAGAUCAAAAUCCCAGUUUUGUUACAAACAAGUUUAUGUCUUUAUUUAUGCAAAUCAACCAAAUGUUCAUUUUUUUUUUCCUGGCGUAAUUGGGACCUCGUGCCGAAAAUAAUGGGGCUUAAUAUUUUGAAUAACAGAUUCAGAGAUAAGUCUUCUUUUCUCUGUGCAUGUUUUAAUCUUGAAAUGGUAAAAAAUCACGGAAAUCUGUGCGCUUCAUGUAACAAAAUAACAUAAACUAAAUGAUCUGCUGAGUGCACAGUGCCUAAGUUAAUAGUAUGUUUACAUAUAUGAAAUUAAAAAUAUAAAGAUCAUUAAAACAAAAUUGAGGUGGUUAAAAUUAUUUGUUACAGAUGAAAUAAUAUUUUUUAAAUCCAGCAUAUGAAAGUAACUAAUACUCCUUUUCACCAUCUUUUAUACAUUUUAUUAUAUAUUUCUAUUAAUGAUAUGUCAAACUGAAAUCUCAAAUUUCCUUCUGAAAAGGCACAGUUAGGGCAUUUCAUGCAAAUUUGUCUACUGUUCCAAUCAUUGUUUUCUUCCAGUGAUAUUGUUCAACAUACAAUGACUUGAUCAUAAUAGUGAGUUUGCCUAAUUUGAGCACCCAUUGGGACUGCAAUAAUUACUCACUGACAAAGCCACAUAGCCAAAUUCUGCAUUUAAACGCUUAAUUCCCCAAGGAAUUCACAGUCACAAACCCAAGAUCAAAUCACAGGAUACUUUAAUGUGGGCUUAAUUAAUCUUGGCAAACUUGCAAAUUUGCUGACAGCCCCAGGAUGUGAACUGAUUUUAGAAAAACGUCUGUGCGCAAGUUAAAAAAAAAUCUAUAUUUUUACACACACCAACAAAUGGUCCUGGAUUUACAAAGUCGGUCCCUAGUGUUUCCAUAUACAAGCAAACAUAUAUACUGCAAGAUAUGAUGCAAACCUGCUAAAUUUAAAGCAGGUCUACACCGUCAGGCAAAAAAAUUAUUGAAAUAUUGUGAAUUCAAAGUGAAAUCAACCUGAAUUUCACAUUUUAAAAUCCCCCCGAAUCGCCUUGGCGUGUCUAAAUUUUGCAAUUCAAAUUACAAUUUGCUAUAAAUCGGAGUUUAGUGAAAAAUCUUAAUUCUACAUUGACGUGGUUAUAUAUUAACAUGUGGUUUGUCAAUAAUUCAAAGUGAAUUUCAGAUUGUAGAGCAAAAUGGCAGGACCAGAAAGUGUCCCAAGUGGAAUAUUUUCAGUUUGGCUACUCUUGCCUAAUAUUUGGAAUUCAAUUUCAGUUCCCCAAAUACAUACUUUAGUAAUUAACCCAGUCAGUCUGUAUAUUUUAGAUUAAAUUGCAACAAAAAAAAGCUAAAGGUGUGGAUCAAAUCACAUGAUACUUUAAUGUGGGCUUAAUUAAUCUUAGCAAACUUGCAAAUUUGCUGACAUCCCCAGGAUGUGAACUGAUUUUAGAAAAACGUCUGUGCGCAAGUUAAAAAAAAAUCUAUAUUUUUACACACACCAACAAAUGGUCCUGGAUUUACAAAGUCAGUCCCUAGUGUUUCCAUAUACAAGCAAACAUAUAUACUGCAAGAUAUGAUGCAAACCUGCUAAAUUUAAAGCAGGUCUACACCGUCAGGCAAACAAAAUUAUUGAAAUAUUGUGAAUUCAAAGUGAAAUCAACCUGAAUUUCACAUUUUAAAAUCCCCCCGAAUAGCCUUGGCGUGUCUAAAUUUUGCAAUUCAAAUUACAAUUUGCUAUAAAUCGGAGUUUAGUGAAAAAUAUUAAUUCCGCCUUGACGUGGUUAUAUAUUAACAUGUGGUUUGUCAAUAAUUCAAAGUGAAUUUCAGAUUGUAGAGCAAAAUGGCAGGACCAGAAAGUGUCCCAAGUGGAAUAUUUUCAGUUUGGCUACUCUUGCCUAAUAUUUGGAAUUCAAUUUCAGUUCCCCAAAUACAUACUUUAGUAAUUAACCCAGUCAGUCUGUAUAUUUUAGAUUAAAUUGCAACAAAAAAAAGCUAAAGGUGUGGGUAGCAUCAUGUUUGAGUCUCAUGUUUGUUAUCAGCCCUGAAACAUUCUCCUUUCUCCUUCUCUCUCCUUCCACCCUCUCCCCUUUCUUCUCUUUUUUCCUAGUUAGCUGCCCAAGUCCUGGAAGAUAAAGGCGUAGGAUUUGGUUUGGUCGACUCUGAGAAAGAUUCAGCUGUAGCCAAGAAGUUAGGUGAGUGUUAUAAAGGUUUACCUUUUUGUGAAUAUUGCUGUGAAAGUCCGCAGAUCGUGUGCCUACAUUUCAUGAUCACUCAGCUGUUGUGAAAUUGUAAACCGGUGUCCGCUGUAACAUAGGCCUCGGUUUAAUAUUUUUGGAUAUGCUUUUCAAAUUUUACAUUUGGAGUGGUUUAACAUUUACUAUUUAGAAAAACAUUUUUCUUUUUUGGGGAUGCUAUUUUGAUAUACUUUUUAAAAAAAUUUAUGCUAUCUUCUGACAUUAGUAUAUUUUGAGAAUUUUUUUUUGAAAAGUUGAUCACAAAAAUAUUAAAUGAUUUAAUAGCUUAUCUAAAAGUAUUUUCAAAGCCAUAGAUUUGCAAAUGCUAUUUCAUGAUAAAAUUCACUACCAUUAUUCCACCACUAGGGGGCAGUGCGGUCUUAAUGAACACCUAAGGUAGUGCAAGGGUAACAGAAGUUUGCGUCUAAAACACGUUAUGCGAAAAAUAUGCAGCCGCAGGGGUCUUUUACAAUUAAAAACAAAAAACCUUCACGUAAUUCAACCAUUAAAUUCCUAAAACAGAAAACAACAAUAAUGAAACAGACAAAACGUGAAAACAGCGAGAUUAACGAUUAUUCUGCAAAAAAAAAGUUUUGUUUUUUUUUAUUGGGCGGGGUUGCACUGAAAUACAGAAAUUCUGACUUAUGGGCAUAAACGUGACCUACAAUAACUUUGCACAAGCCUCUGCAGGGGUGAUGGGGGUAAAGAAGAAUAAUGGGGUGUCAUUCCUAUGCCCUUAGCAUAUUUAACACUGUCUACAAGGGAGAAAAGAGGGCUGAUUUAGGUUCUCCGCACAUAUUUGACCUAUUUUGUACUCCCAUUCAAUGCUCCCAGGGUAGGAGAAAGUAGAAGCUUGGCUAUGAUGUCAUCUGUGUGAGACACCUGUCCAUAAAUGAGGAGCAAGUUGGAUCAGAUAGGAGGUGAGAGAUCUGUGCACCCCAAUGCACAGAUUUCAUUCACCUCCCCUAAGGACCGCAGCCAUCCGAGCCUUCUUACCCCCAGCCCCCUCUCCUCCUCCUCGGUAAAAGUAAAAACCUUCAUAAGAAUUUUUGGCCAAAAAUCUCUCUCUGUAAUGUAAUGAGAAUACUGUUGCAAGAUUAUUUUUCUCUCUUUUCAUAAACAGCCCUGCAGACGGAACAGGUGAAUGACAUUAAAGACUAAGACCAAUUAAAGUUAAAAGAGAGGCAACUGGUUUCCAUAGAUACAUCUAUUCUGCUAACACCAAGGUGGGGGGGCAGAUAGCUUUGAAGAAGAACACAAUGUUUUGCUUAAUAGAGAGAGGAGAAAACAGAUAGGGGCGGCGGUGACCUCCCUGACCAAACCGUAUCUUUAUUAGCUGGUAUAUUACCCUAAUUCUUUGCAAACGCAACUAGGCACGAAAUACUAUAUCAGUACUACUAAAUAAUCCGUGUGUGCUUACCGGGUCUGUACGGUGAGUCCCUGCGUCCAAUUACCAGUAUCUACUCAGGUACAGAUACUUAGUUAGGCACCUACUUACUGACGUUCAAUUGGGGUCAAGUCUUGCUUAAGCCUCCAAGUAAAUAUUAAAUAAAGGAAAGACAAAGCUUUAUUUAGAGAAAUAAAGUUUAGGUGAGAUAGACACAUAGACUUACAGACAGACUAACUGAAAGAUAGAGAGCGCACUGUAGUGAUUAUGGUGCCAGGAGUGCUCUGAUACUGAUGUUCCUCCCAGGGUAAGCACCAUUUGAAAACUGUUUGAUAACCUACCAUUGUGUCCAUUGGGCGCUGCUCACAGCCUCCUGCAGUGAAGGCCACCUCAUUGGCUGAGAGCAUCAGUUCAAGACAGUAUUAAGAUAAAGGGUAAAGUAUGAGAAUUUUAUCAAUGGUAUGAUAGUGAAGGAUUCUGCAAAUAAGGUAGCCUCCCAGUAAGAAACAUUAAUAUUUUGCAUAAUUUGCUACAAAAAUUAGUAAUUUGUGUGCAAAUAAAGCUCUAAAUGCAACGUAAAGGGAUCCUCCAGGCACCAUAACAACUUCAUUGGAAUCUUGUUGCUAUGGUGGUAGGUGUUUCCUGGCGCCAGCUUACCUUUAAGGGUUAAUCCACUUACUUUAAACCCAAAGUCUUCUCUUCUACACUGUUUAGCUCUGUCCCUUGCGCUUCGCUGGGAUCCUUUAAACAGCAAGCAUCGGACGGGGCACAGCCGAUUAACUGACAGCAUCCACUGAUGUUUUAAGCCAAUCAGUAGCUUCUUAUUCUCGAAACAGCUUAAACAUUUGCAUAUUUUUUCAAACCGUUUUUAUAAAUGGGGUGGGGGGGAAUUCUUAUUGGCUUAGAGCGUCAGCUCACUAGUGAAGCCCAAAAUGGUGUGACAGAAAGCCAGACUGACAUCCGCUCUGGGAGAAGGUACUGAGAAUACAUAAUAUUGAAACAUGAAUUAGAGGACGAUAAUGUGAUCUCUUAGUUGUGGAGACUGAGUUAUUAUUUUUCCAUAAUACACGGUUUACUGUUAUGUAUAUGCACACCAUCUAUUUAAAGGUAUACACACAAUACAUACGAUAUUCAUGUUAUACCUAUGUUUAUCUAUAUAUUGUCUCUAUUCAACCGGCCGUCUCCGUCACUGUUAAGGAAUAGUCUGAUAGGGGGAGGGGGUUCUCUGAGACAUUGAAAAUCGUCAUGGAAACAAUUUCUAUAAUCUCAUGGAACCGUAUUCUAAAAACACAUUACACAUACACAUCUUAUCAUAACAAGGCAAAAGUAGACCUCGCAAUAACAACACAGUUUGCAUGGCGCAGUAACAUGUGGGGUUUAUUUACUAAACAGUAAACUGAAUGGAGAUUUGGCUGGCAAAAUGAUACAAACUAUACCUAAGAACUAUCCAACUCAGAGAAUUUUUCCAAAUCUGCUAUUUUGGUCUCAAUUUUCCAAUUCGGUUUUUGAAUCUCUGUAUUUGCAAAGCCCAAUUUUACCAAAUCUGACACUUCAAUGCCAAACAUGUAUCUUCCAUCCUGUUUUAUAUUCUCCUUUUUUUACAUAAAUAUACACACAGAAAGGUUUACACAAUAAACUGAGAAUUUAACACCGAAUUGGACAUUUUAGGCCAUGCUAGCAGAUUUGGAAACAUUUUCCAAAUCAGAUCAGCUAUUGUUUCCUGAAAUUUGCAAUUUCAACAAUUGCUGCUUUAGUGAAUAAAUCCCAUUAAAGGCAUCACUGCUUAUCAACCCAAGCCCCUCCACAACUAUCAAGUAAUUAGUGAGGUUACUGUAAUAAAAUCGCUUCUUCUGUGUCUUUAAGUUGAUUGAAAUAAGUCAUUUAUGUAUAUUUUUUCUUGGGUAAAAGGCUCACCAGGUUGCUAAACGUCUAUAUUAACCAAAAAUACCAAAACGCAAUCUGACUUACGGUUUCUUCAGGUUUCUUCUUAGAGUUACGGAUACAUAAUAAAACAACAAAGGAUAUUACGGGAUAAUGAAUGUACAACAGCAGAUGGUAAUUGCUGGACUCCUGAAGGAGAGUUAGUCUACAUAGUUAGAGAACAGCCGGACAAGAACCCCGUGCAGCAAGCAGCAAGCAAUAGCAAGACCUUGUGGUCCUUUGUGCACUAUUCUAUAUAGAUAUGACCAUAACAACGUCACAAUAUAACCCUAGCCAUAGAAGGACAAGACCCCCAAUUACCACAUUCCAGAGUUCUCUUGGUACAGAAUAGCAAAAAAAAUCCUUUUUUUUUUUAACCCAUUAGACAACCAUGCCUACUUUGAAUAUAAAUAGGACCUUGGUAAUAUUGUACAGUUAGUUAGUGAACCCAGGAACAAAAGAGAAGGAGGGCCGUUACCAUAAGAGCUUACACUCUGCAAGACAUGCGAUCCCUACUUCAGCAGUGAAUAACAAGGGAACAAGGUUAGAGUGUGUCCCUUGGUUCUUCUUGGACUUCCUGAUGGGUUGUCACCUUGUAGCAGGGCCGUCUUUAACACGGGGCAAAAAGGGCAGCUGCACUGGGCCCAGUCAGUCUUUGGGGGCCCAAAGCAGUUGCCCCUUUAGCCCUCCGGCCGCCGUGGUGCAUGCGGCCCACGUGGAACUACCACCACGGGCUGCGCAAUGUGAAGGUCAUCGGGUGACCAAUGCUCUAAGGGCCACCAGAUGGCGAUGAAUUUUCAGGGGCCCAGGCCACUUUGAGAGCGCGACCGGGCCCCCUGUAAUGAUGUCAUGGAUGCUGGGAGGAAGUGACAGCCGGUCACUUCGCGACCGGGCCCCCUGUAAUGAUGUCAGGAUGCUGGGAGGAAGUGACAGCACUUCCUCCCAGCAUUCACCGAGCGCCGAGCAGGAGGAAGAGAAGAAAAGGAGGGAGUCAGAGUGGGAGCUCUGACUCCCAUCAGCCUGAGCCAGCCUUCUGCACUCCAAAGGUUGGAAACACAUAAAAAAUGUGCAUGUAUGUAUGUGUCUGUUUGUUGUAUGUAUGUAUGUAUGUGUGUAUCUGUUUGUAUGUAUGUAUCUAUUUGUAUGUAAGUGUCUGUUUGUAUGUCUGUGUCUGUAUGUAUGCAUGUGUGUAUCUGUAUGCAUGCAUGUGUGUAUCUGUUUGUAUGUAUGUGUGUAUCUGUUUGUAUGUAUGUGUGUGUCUGUUUGUAUCUGUAUCUGUUUGUAUGUGUGUUUCUGUAUCUGCAUGUGUCUCUAUGUGACCCUGUGUAUCAGUAUGUGUUUCUGUGUGUCCGUAUGUGUGUCUUUGUAUAUUUGUGUAUCUGUGUGUCUCUGUGUCUGUUUGUAUAUGUGUAUGUCUAUAUGUCUAUAUGUUUGUAUGUGUAUCUGUGUGUAUGUUUGUAUGUGUGUCUGCAUGUUUUUUGUAUCUGCAUGCGUGUAAGUGUGUAUGUGUGUCUGUGUAUCUGCAUGUGUGUCUGUGUUUGUAUCUGUGUGAGUGUCAUUCUAUGUAUUUGAAUGUGUAUGAUUCUGUGUGUAUGUGUAGCUGCAUGUGUGUCUGCGUAUCUGUAUAUGUGUCAGUGUCUGUAUCUGUGUGUAUCUGUGUAUCUGCUUAUGGGUACAUGUAUGUAUCUGUAUGUUAUUGUGUGUAUCUGUAUGUAUGUCAGUGUGUUUGUUUGUGUGUUAGUGUUUCUGUUUAUCUGCAUGUUUGUCAGUGAGUGUAUCUGUGCAUCGGUGUAUGUAGGUGUGUCAGUGUGUAUCUGCAUGUGUGUCUAUGUGUGUCUGUGUAUCUCUCUAUGUAUGCCUGUACCUGUGUAUGUGUGCAUCUCUAUGUAUGUCAGUGUUUGCAUCUGUAUGUGUGUUAGUGUGUGUAUUUUGUUUAAGCAAGAAAUGAGAGGGCUAAGUGUGUGCUUUUUUAAAAGAUUUUGUGUGGGCGUUUAUGGCGUGAUUGCAUGCUAGGAAGGGGAAGGGCUAGGUCAAGGGGCCCCAAUCAUAUACCUGCCCAGGGUCCAAUCAGUAUUAAAGAUGGCCCUGCCUUGUAGUAGAAAAAGCCACCUGAGCUGUUAUAAGACUAAGGGUCGUUACAUUGAGUCUAUGCCCUCUUCUUGCGAAGAACCAAAACCCCCUGACCAUAAGAAGUGAAUAAAGGUGGUAAAAGAGCCGAUUUGAGAAAAAACAAAAACAUUUUACCAAAGAAUGAAGGAAACGCAAAAUACAACUAUAAUGAACACUAUUUAAAAAUAUUUGACAGCUCGGUGGCUAGCUCCAAGUGCAGAUUACACAUCGGUAUACAGGCGUGAUGUACACCCACAGUUUAUAAUGUCAAACACCAAACAGAAAAAUGAGGGGUAUCCCUGUUUUAGAAUGUAAGCUUCUCAGACAAGAGUACAUUUUUAUCUCAUGCCUUUAGUCUGUGUAAUGGUAAGGACAAAUUAAUCACAGGCUGUGUCGUAGAAAUUGAUUAAUUAAAUAAGAAAGAAAAGCUCUCUGUUGGAUGUUUAUGAUGGAUUAUAGUCGUCCCGAGACAUAAAUAUCGUAGCGAGGUGGCAGUGGGUAGUCCCACGUGUGUCGUUUUCAGACACGCUGUGCUCAGCCAGCCAUUAUUUCUGCCAGUUAGAGCUCAAUCAGCUCAGCCUGAAUUGCAGCAUCUUAUUAGGAUAAUUAAGAGCCACUAAUAUUAAAACUGCAUUAACAUCCAAGCAGCGAGUACUUCAUUUUCCGCCGUGAAUUGAUGUGUCAGGUACACCGGCCUGCCUGUCACUGGCGCAGGUAGAAAUGUCUUGUUAGCAAUAAGGGGCUUGACACGUUACUCAACAAUGGUUAUUUUAAAACUCGCUGACCAUCUCUGUUUAGUUCGUAGUCCCUUGUAUCAUCUGUUUGCUAUACCUUUCUGUUAUUCUCCCAUCUUUCUGCGGAAGGGAAACACUAAGGAUGGCAUGGCUCAGCAUCUCCCUUAGUCUGUUUUAGAUUAUAUUUCUUAAAUUUCCCCCCAACCACACCUGGAAGGCCGUACCUGGACACCCCCUGUACUAACAGAUGGAAAAUUGUGGAGAUCACUAUUCAAUGAAAGUUUCAGAAUCUUUUUCAUAGAACUUCAAAUAGGACUAACAGACGCUUUGGAAUGGAGAUCUCUAACCUGAGAUGUUUCUAAACUACAAUUCCCAUGAUGCACAACCAGCCUUAAUUCUUGCUGAGCACCAUGGGAAAUGUGGUUGAGAGGAACCAGGCGUGCUGAGGUUAACCAACACUACUUUAAAAUAACACCUCAAUGCUUGUCUCUUACCCCCUGCCUCUCUCUUACACUGUAUAUCCUUUCCACUGUCUGACUCUCAUGCCCAGUAUCCCUCCCUCUUUCUCCCUUUAUUUCAUAACUCUUGGAUAUCCUUUUCUCAGUUGUCCAAGACACAUUGCAUUAAUUUUCUUGGCACAUCGUGGUAAAUGAGAACUAGCAGACUUUAGCCAAAGGCGGCCUGUUUUAUUAUUAAUUUAAAUUACCAACAUAGUCUGCAGAGCUGUACAACUGCACAGACCAUGAUGAACUGUUUGCAGGUGUUUCAUCUCAGAGCCCAGUUUUAAUGUAAGAGUCAUUUUGGUGACGAUACAACUUGGUGGAAGCAGAUUUUCAGUAACCCUUAAAACAGGCCCUCGUCUGAUGAAUUCUCCCGUGCUCAGAUCUGUUUAACUCUACUGGUUUCAAAGAGGGACAGACAGAGAGCGGAGGAAGGCUGGGGAAGCAGGAGAUUCCAAGAACAGGACUCCUUUAAAUGAAGUUAGUGUUAGAAUUACAAAACUUUAUCCCUAACACUAAAGUAUUCCACUGCCCCCCUCAUUUCACCCGUCUCUCCCUGUGGCACUCAAAGGGUUAAAUAGCCCUGAAUUCACCCAUUUUAUUUCAGUGACUAGCGAGGUCCCUCGGCACUGGCUCUGUCUCUGCCUCCUUUGUCGUGUUUACCUUCCCAAUAGGAAACCGCUAAAUCACUGCUUUCCUAUGGGGUUUUGCAAGACGCUGGACGUCCUCAUUCAAAGUGUGAGGAUGUCCAGCAUCGUUUCAUGGAGUCAAACUCUGUAAAACAGCAGGACGACAUCCAUUAGAGCAGGUUGGACCCUGCAAGGUAAACAUUGCAGUUUCUGGUUAAGGGAACAGGGACACUGCACACAUAUCACUUUAAUGAGAUGAAGUGGUGUGGGUGCCUAUAGUUUUGAUACAUGUAUUUUUUAAAGGCUUACUCCAAGCAUUCAGUGAUUCGAAGUGGACGUAGUGUCUGGUGUCUGUAUUUCUCUGUGAAAUGCUGUAAUACUGAGUUUAAUCUCUUUCGUGCAGGCGAUGUAAUCCCAUUUCUGACAGCGUCAUGUGGUGUCAUGACCAGCCCAGAACCAAUAUCAGUUCUGUGCAAAUUCCGAUGCAAAGACACUCAGUGAUUGGCUGAGCGGUAAGGUGACACUCUCAAUCAAUGAGCAACAGCUCUACAAUGUCAUAAACCUGCCUACAGCUGGGAAAUAGAACCAGGCAGGCCCACGUAAAAGGAAAACUGUUGUAAAAUAGUUUGCCCCAUUACCAAGAAACAGUAGCUUGUAGUGGUUAUGGUGGUUGGAGCAACCCUUUAAUAAACAGCAGACCAUAAAGGAAAGCUAUCAUCAACUUUUCACUUCUUGUUUUUUAGAAGUACAUUACUUUUAAUUAAACUUAAUUAUAUAUUUGUAAUAUAAUUUAAUAUUAAGUCGAUACAAUUUCCCUUUCUUAUUUGGCUGAGCGGCCAUGUUGGACUGUUAUGUGACCAACUGCCGCUCGACCUAACUUGCUGUUGCUGUGAUUGCUCUGUGUGAACCUGCAGCAGCAGCAAGUUAGGUCGAGCGGCAGUUGAUCAGUUGAGUCUGACACAACAUGGCCGCUCAGCCAGAUUUAAAAAAAAAAAAAAGUUAAGAGAGCACCAUCGUUUUAGGAAUACAAGCAUGUAUUCCAAACACUAUAGUCAGAGUGCUCAGAGUGAAGUGAAAAGGUGAUGAUACUCAACAUUCGUCCCUCACUGUGCCAGAAUCGCCACUUCUGGCCCCGCCUCCAUAGCUGAGAUGAUCAGUCUUGAUGAUCUCAGCCAAUCCAAUGCUUUCCCGUAGGAAAGCAUUAGAAGGCAGAAUGCUCUGUGCCAAUCAGCAUCUACAGCACUGACCCAGCACUGUGUGACUGCAUCUAGAGGCGUUACUAGGCAGUACUUUCUCUGAAAAGGCAGUGUUUACAUUGAAAUGCCUGGAGACACAUGCUAUAGACAUUAGAACAACUACAUUAAUCAGUAGUGGUGCUGGUGACUAUAGGGUCCCUUAAUUUUUUCUCAAAAUAUCAAUAUACAUUAUUUUUAAAAUAUCAUUACGUUUUAUUAGAUGUAAUAAACUUUUUUUAAAAAUGAGAAGAAAAAAACGUUACUUUGAGGCACUGUGAUUAGUGCGAAAGAGCCGCUUAUUAUCAUGCCUAGAGCUCAGUGAACAGUUUCUGCGGGCCCCUGAGUUUGAGUGCUUAAUUUGCCAUUUCCACAUCUGCUGAAAGGCUGUACGAUGUUUCCACUCCUUCUCUGUGAUGUGCAGAAUUCUAUCCUAUCGACUAGCUUCCAUUAACAAACAAUAACGCUUGGAUAAGUAUCAUCAUUCAUUCCCAGAUCACUUGUACGCCCAUAUGGAUGAUUUUAACAAAGAAAGAAAGAAAAAAUCAUUGCUCUCAAAGAGCGCCUUCAUUUUACAUGCACACCUGUUUGACAGCUAAAAUAAUUAUUUCCAGAGGUGGAUUGUAAUUAGACACGGAAGGUGAGUGGCAUUGUGGUAAACAAUGUGUGGGAACGUAGCGCGUCUUUCAGCUGAAGCCUAGUUAGUCAGGUGUCGAAAUUUGUUAUUUGUACGGCAGCGUGGCUCAAUACAUGUGAUACGUGCUGAGGGAAAGCAGUCAAUUGCACCAGGGACACCUGAAGAAAAAAAUAUAUCAAUACAUUUUUAGGGAAAAUAUUUUAGGAGAUCAAUUGCUUAAUUAAAGGGACACUGUAGGCACCCAGACCAGUACAGCUCAUUGAAGUAAUCUGGGUGCUGUGUCCCUAUUGUUCUUAAACCUGCAGUAAAACCUGUGGUAAUUAUUUCAGUUUCAAAGAAGGGUUAACUAUACCAGACAGCCACUAGAGGGACUUCCGGGUGUUUAGGCGAAUUUUGGUUGCCUAAAUGACGCUGGAUGUCCUCACGCUCUGCAUGAGGACUUCCAGCAUCACCGGAAUCCCCAUAAGAAAGCAUUGAUUAAUGCUUUCCAAUGGGGAAUCCUAAUGCGAUCAUGGCCAUUGCCGCUCAUGCGCAUUAGGUCUCCCCCGCCGGCUGUCGGUGGGAAAGGAGUGUGGGCGGAGCCUGAUCCAGCACCUAGGGACCCUUUAAGCAGCAAAACAUUCCCAUAUGAUUUCAGGAUCAUUUAGAAAAUAAUUUUCAUUGCUUUUUAAUUCUUUCUGAUGCAUACACUUAAAGGACUACUAAAGCCACCCAGACCAUUUUAUCUCAAUAGAGUGGUCUGGGUGCAGCGAUCCUGUCAUUUUAACCGUGCAGUUUUCUUUACAUCCACCUCCAGUGGUCAUCUUGCUUACAGCCACUAGAGGCGCUUUUGCCUCCAGACCAAGUAGAACUCGAUCUGGGAUUUAAAUGCUGCUGAUUGGAGGAGCGUGGCUUAUGUUCCUCCAAUUAAUUUUUAUAAAAAUGUCAAUGGGAAUAAUAAUUUUGGAGUUUAUUCCUUUAAUAGUCAGAGGUAUAUUGACUUCAAAAAUUUAAUUGAUGGGGGUCAAAAUUAAAAUGUAAUUCUUGCGAAGAUGUGUCACCUAGCACCAUUAAUAUAUAUAUAUAUAUAUAUAUAUAUAUAUAUAUGUAUAUAUCACUUGAUCCUGAGGAAGGUCCCUGUGCGGACCGAAACGUCGUUUUUUUCUACUUGUUUGAUGAAAUAAAUACUAUUGAAUUCAAAAGUCCGUGAGUGCAGCCUGCAUUUUCCAUUUAUCUACAGUAACAUCCCUAAAAGGACUGGCACCCGGCAUGCCUAUUGGCAAAGCAGAAGGAACUGCAAGCGUGAGUGCAAGGAACUUUGUAUUAUAUAUAUAUAUAUAUAUAUAUAUGUAUAUAUAUAUAUAUAUAUAUAUAUAUGUUUUUUUGCCUCUAUAUCACAUUUUCUGAUCAGCACAAUCCAAAUAAAAACAGCUAUAGAUCUCUCAGUUACAUAUUGUUUGACAGAAUAGGGAUUUAGUCCCAUGCUACGGUGCAUCAUGUAACUUUCAGAAUACCUUCGUUAGAUUGGCCAGUCCUAAUCAUUAUCCAAGGAGAUUUAGCAGUUAAAUUAUAUUAGUCACAGGGAGCUCCUCAACCCUAAAGCAUAUUUAUGCUAAAAACACGACAAUCUGCCCCACAAUCUCACCCAACAAGGAUAUACCUUGAUACAGAAGCAACCAGACAGCAUUGGUGUGAAAACCCGAUGGCAAAACACGCCCGCGGUGAAGAGGGCGCCUUGUGGCCUACUAAUAGACACCGGGCGGGAGACGCGGCCGGUCUCCUGUCCACUACUCGACACACGGGCAGCUUGGGUCUCGCUUUCCCCCCCUCUGGGCCGGUGGGGGUCAUCCCGGUCCCCGCUGGGCCACAUGCUAAAGUCCUCCCGGGUCAUUAUGGGCUGCCCACGCGACAAACAAAAUACUGUGCAGACGGAUGACUAGACGUGGGAUCCAGCCGACCUCACUGAAGCACCAAAAGCACGACUAGAUGCGGCCUUCGGAAAACUCUGGGCCAACCUAAUUGAGCUGAUGAACCGAGUGCCUCCUGCGGCGCUGCCACGGGUGAGACAGCAGACACUAAAUGAGAAGAGACAAGUGAGACCCCCCAAAGGCAUACCGACCGCACUAAACACACACCUCGCUACAUUACGCCUUCCUGGGCCUAGAGUCACCUGGGGAAUACCCCCAAAGCACAGACCACGCAUGCAGGAGGGAACAACGAGCCGAAGCCAACGUGGUACAGCUCCCGGUAACUUCCCGGCUGGGAAAAACUUGGACUCAAAGAAGACCCAAGUUCGUGGCAACAAGGUGCAGGCUCUGGAACAGGCCCGGGGCCUGGGGAGUACUUCGCUCUCGACCAACAGCGUGGCUUGCUGCAGGGGACAUUGCACGUAUGUAAAGCAGAUGCCCAACCAGGGAAUCGGCUAACUUCAUGACUCUGAGAGAUGGCUGCAGGCCAAGAUCAGCUCCCAGACAGGGACUCUGACUCAAGACUGCUGACCCAGCGGUAUCAAAGCGUAUAAAAGCGUAUAUGUUUUAUUUUAUUUUGUUUUAUUUUAUUUUAGGCUUGUUGCCACCUAUGCUACCUAUCUCUUAAAUGCCAUAACUAGUAGCCAACUAGCAAGCUAACGUAUUGACAGUAAAUACUCGAGUCUUAAAAACAAAAAAUGUGCUGAUACCGCAUGCCACAGAAUGUUUAAAAUGUGUACUUCUCUUUGCCUGUGCUUAAUUGGUCUGCCGUGUUUAAACUCUAUAAUGCAUCUCUGUACGCUGUAUCACGUUAUUCAUCUGAUGACUACUCAUGCACAUCCAAUCUAAACCGUUGCCCCCUGAUGCAUUGGUACCAUUCUUGUCAUAUUACCCACCAUGUUAUUUUACUGUUGGGGUACCCUGCAAUACUACCUUAUGUUAUUAAGCCCAAUUAGCUCUAACAUACUUCCAGCUAUAGAUUCAAUCUUGUAUUAAUCGUAAAAAUCCAUAAAAUGUGCAAUGUAUGAGAGGCCACACCAUUGUUAUUGAUUGUUUGUUGUUCUGCUAGCACUAGCUGUUGUGGCUGUGCGAAUUCUGUCUGUUAUCUAAUGCACGACCAAAAUAAAGAAUAAAAAAAAAAAAAAAAAAUUAUAUUAGUCACACUUAGUCCGCAUGCCUUAAAUAUAUACUGGGACUCCAACUAUAUGUUUUACAUCAUGAUAAGCUCUAUUCGUGUGGACAGAUAGGAUGCUUAACCCAAACUUGUUACACGAGAUAUGUCCAUCAUGAGCAAGUAUAAUGAAUAUAUGGUCAGAAAGAAUUUGGGGCUAAGACCAAUGGGAAGAAGACUGGUAUUCACGACCAUUAAAGAUAAAAGGAGAACUACUGUGAAAAAUGAACCUAUGUAAAAAUAUAUGAUCGAUAUAGAACAAAAAAAUUUAACAAAAUAGUUGCACUAUGCUAAAUACCCAUGCACAUUGAAAUAACAGGAGGCUUAUAGUAUCACUCCAACGACCAUUAGAUGGACCUGCCAUGUCAAGGCAAUCCUGUUAGAAGAGUCCUACACUAACAAUUCUCCAGCCACAACAUUGCUGCAAAAGCAUUACACAGCCAUGUUUAUACUGAUCAGCCACAACAUUAAAACCCACCUGCCGAAUAUCGUGUAGGUCCCCCUUGUGUUGCCAAAACAGCUCUGAUGCAUCAAGGCAUGGACUCCAGCAAGACCUCUUAACGUGUCCUGUGUAAUCUGGCAACAAGACAUUAGCAGCAGGUCCUUUAAGUUAGUGGUCACCAAACCAAGUCCUCAUGGACCACCAACAGUCCAGGAUUUGUGUAUUUCCCUUUUUCAUUCCAAUGGAGAUGCUGACAAAACCUGGACUGUUGGUGGUCCAUGAGGACUGGUUUGGGGACCACUGCUUUAAGUCCUGCAAGUUGUGAGGAGAGCUUCCAUGGAUCGGAUCUGUUUUUCCAACACAUCCCACAGAUUAUGCAUUAUCGAAUUGAGAUCAGGGGAAUUUGGAGGCCAAGGUAACACCUUGAACUCUUUGUCAUGUUCCUCAAACCAUUCCUGAACAAUUUGUGCAGUGUGGCAGGGUGCAUUAUCCUGCUGAAAGAGGUUACUGCCAUAAGGAAACACCAUUGCAAUGAAUGGGUGUAUCUAGUCUGCAGCAAUCUCUAGGUAACAUCCAAUGAGUGCCAGGACCCAAGUGGAACAUUGCCCAGAUAAUAAUACAGUCUCUGCUUGCCUUGCUUCUUCCCAUAGUGCCUCCUGUUGCCAUCUCUUCCGGAGGUAAACAACGCACAUGCACCUGCCCAUCGCCCUGAUCUAAAAGCAAACAUGUUUCAUUAGACCAGGCAAGCUACUUUCAUUGCGCCAUAGUCCAGUUCUGAUGCUCACGUCUCCAUUAAAGGUGUUCAGGGGGUCAUCUUGAGCACUCUGACCGGUCUGCGGCUACACAGCCCCAUACACAGCAAAAUGCUAAGCACUGUAUGGUUUUCAGCAGUUUGAGCUACAGUAGCUCUUCUUUGUGAUCGAACCAGGGGGGCUAGCCUUCGAUUCUCACUUGCAUCAAUAAGCUUUGUGUGCCCAUGAUCCUGUCACUGGUUCAUUGGUUAUCCUUUCUUACAUCACUUUUGGUAGGUACUAACCACUGCAUACUGGGAACACCACACAAACCUUGCCAUUCUGGAGACGCUCUGACCCAAUGUCUAGCCAUCACUAGAGUCACUCAGAUCUUUUCACUUGCCUAUUUUUCCUGCUUUUAACACAUGAAAUUCAAGAGCUGACUGUUCAAUUGCUGCCCAAUAUAUUCCACCCCUUGACAGGUGUCAUUGUAACAAUUUAUUCAAUGUUACUCACUUCACCUGUCAGUGGUUUUAAUGUUGUGGCUGAUAGGUGAAAAUUUGGCCUACAUGUCUACGUAUCCAUAGUAGACAUAAUUUUUUUGGGGCCAACUCAAAAUUCAUGGGAAAAUCUAUGCACAGAUUGCACAUCAACUUAACUUUUAUAAUGUUCUAUGUAUCAACUGCGAUUUCUGAAAAGAAAAAAAUAUAUAUUGUGCAUGCUCCAAGCUUUGACUACUGAUAAAGGUCUCAGCCUAAGUCUACCAACCAGUUAUAAAGAUAUCACGUCUAAUCACUAGUAAACACCUUAGCUUGGCUCGGCUCCUGUAUUGAUUUGUAAAAUCCUGAUGACAGCUUGUGCAGAGCUUUUUAUUUAUCCCAAAUAGUAACUAUCCAUCUGAUCAAAUAUUCCACUCCGUGUUAGAUCCCUGUAGAGCUUAGCGGCAGAUGUCCUAAAGGGGGAUUCCGACCAGCUGGCAGUAAUACGCCACCAGAUUUACACUUCGUGUUUUGAAUGCUGCUUUAUAAAUGUUAAUGGGCCUCUACCCCAAGAGCUUGCAAAUACUUCCACGGGGUAUGUGCUGGCACUGCCAAUACAGCGGACACUCUAAACAGCAUAAAAACGACAGUUCAGUUUACUGGUUAUGGUGUAAAGAUUCUGUAGGUCAGGGCUGUCCAACCUGCGGCCCCCCAGAUGUUGCUGAACUACAACUCCCAUGAUUCCAUGGCUAUCUGUUUCAUUGAAAGAAUCAUGGGAGUUGUAGUUUGGCAACAUCUGGGGGACCGCAGGUUGGACAGGCCUGCUGCAGGUGCUGUCAGCAUACCUCCCCCCCCCCAACAUUGGCGUCCCGGACCAGCCCAGAAAGUCCUGACAUAAAUCUCUACAGAAUGUGUCUAAUGAUGCACUCAAGCUAUCCUUUUGGAGACAGUUCCCUGGUAUACCCAAAAGCUGCACACCUUGGAACAAAGCCGAAAUCGGGAUAGUCGGAAGGCAUGUGUCAGUCAUGUUUGUGUCAAACUAUGUUUGUGUAGAGCCUAUAGCCAGGCCUAUCUGUUGUGGCUUGGCUACAUUUUUGAAGACAACGAUAGACUAACCUGCCACCAGCACUCAUGACUGCUGUCCAAAGUUGUACUGGUUAAGGUAGAGUUUCACUUCUGUGUUGGCUAAUUCAAAACAAAGAGCUGUAGGCACCGGGAGAACACCAUUUUUCUCAAACUACAGUAAAAGAGUUUAACACAAACCAGGUGGAUCGCCACAAAGAUUGUAGUGGUUGUGGUGCUAAGAGUAUCCCUUUAACAUUACAUGAUGAUACAGAUUUUUAUACACAAAAACGCUGCAACAAUUGCUAUACAUUUAGUUCCCUGUCCUAUGGAAGAUUUUGUGGAUUUAUAUCUCUGCAAUAUGAUAAGAAGGAAUUAGAAUGUUUAGCGCUCUAUGAUAUGAAUGAAUUAAAAUGUUUAGCUCUCUGAUAAGAAGGAAUUAGAAUGCUUAGCGCUCUAUGAUAUGAAUGAAUUAGAAUUUUUAGCUCUCUGAUAAGAAGGAAUUAGAAUGCUUAGCGCUCUAUGAUAUGAAUGAAUUAGAAUUUUUAGCUCUCUGAUAAGAAGGAAUUAGAAUGCUUAGCGCUCUAUGAUAUGAAUGAAUUAGAAUGUUUAGCUCUCUGAUAAGAAGAAAUUAGAAUGUCUAGCGCUCUAUGAUGUGAAUGAAUUAAAAUGUUUAGCUCUCUGAUAAGAAGGAAUUAGAAUGCUUAGCGCUCUAUGAUAUGAAUGAAUUAGAAUUUUUAGCUCUCUGAUAAGAAGGAAUUAGAAUGCUUAGCGCUCUAUGAUAUGAAUGAAUUAGAAUUUUUAGCUCUCUGAUAAGAAGGAAUUAGAAUGCUUAGCGCUCUAUGAUAUGAAUGAAUUAGAAUUUUUAGCUCUCUGAUAAGAAGGAAUUAGAAUGUUUAGCGCUCUAUGGUAUGAAUGAUUUGGUGUGCUUAGAGCUGUGUGAUGUAUAGGAUUGUUGUGUUUGACUAUCUGUAAUGAGAAUGAUUAAAUAAAGUUAGUCCCCAGUGAUGCGACGUAUGCCCCAAAUACAUAUUUUCCCUAGAAGGUCGUUCUGUAAAAGGUGAACAAGAUGCUUUACCGGCGGUUUAUUCACUAUGCGGAGGAAGAAGUGACAGGAAAAACAAAUUAUGAUUCUUAGGCUAAAAUAGCCAUAUUGAGUAUUUUAUUAUAUAUUUUGCAGUUUGGUUUUUAUGUUAAUUUAUUCUCUCUUUAGUGAAUAAAACCGAACGUGUAUUCUUAGAAUUACAAACAGUUGAAAAACAAUAUUUGCAUUUACAACACUUGAUGGACAUCCAUCUUCAUUUUAGUAUUUCAAUGUUAUUAACCCCUGAAAUCCCUUAUACAGCUCUUAACCACCUUCUCGUCUUUCAUAGGUCUGCACGAAGAAGACAGUAUCUAUGUGUUCAAGGAUGACGAAGUCAUCGAGUAUGACGGAGAGUUCUCUGCUGACACAUUGGUUGAAUUUCUACUGGAUGUAAGUCCCCAGUUUAUCCACUCAAUUAAAACGUCUAUAAAACGAUUGUUCCGUCUACACUGAUAAAAUGUCUCUUUUUUGUAAAGAAAGACAGAACUUGGAAUUCUGUCCCUAUUGUUUUUGCAAAUACAUUGUCCAGAAACCAUCAGAUUUUUCCUCAUUCAUAUUUUAUUCGGGUCUUGUUAAUUCAAGCUACUGGUCAUGUGACACAAUUAUAGAUCACUUAUGAGCUGAAAGGCUUUGUCUGUGGAGAAACGUUGUAAAAAUAUAAAUUUAUUUUGUCUUUAACCUCUUCAGCUAAAUCCUGUAUUGUGACAGUUUUGACAUGUCAUCGAAUCCGAAAUGUGUUAAAACUGUGAAAGAAAAAUGUUAAAAUGGGAGAUCUACUUCCCUUUUUGGUCUAUGUGGAACUAGCGUUAGAAAAGUAGCUUAAAGGUUCACUAUAAGUACCAUAACCACUGCAGCUUGUUGGUUAUGGUGCUAUGAGAAAUUAGAAUUCCACAUUAUCAAGGGAGAGUCCAUUCAACCUGGACAGAAUUGGUAGGCUGAUGGCGAAUAGCUAAGUAAUCCCUGCACUCUCACUGGCAUCCAAGGUGAUAAUUUCUGUAUUAUCAGUAAACAUAUACAGUCUUAUGCACUAAAGGGAGAAUUCAAAGUGAAUUUCACACUGAAGUCCAAACUAGCCGCGCUGGAAGCAUAGUUGACAAAUACUUUUUGCAGUUUGUCUAUUUUCAUCUUGAAUGUGACGUUCACUUGACAGGCGCAUAGUCGCCAUAUGGGCAGGUGGAAUUCCCCCCAAAACUUACCCUCAAAACACACUGGCACUGAUGUAUGGGUCAAUAUGUCCACAGCUUUAUUAAUAUGAUAACAAUAAAUUAAAGUCAUUGCCCAGCCCCCAUCCUGCUAUAUAACAUCAUAUGUCACUGGCAUUAUUUCUGUAAAUAUAAAUAACAUCAGCAACCACAAUAACAAAAAUCAUCAACAUAAUAUAAGUACCAAACUUUGUUAAAUAACCACGGUAGGGGCAUACCCGGAUACCCCUACCACCCACCGAGCUCGAAACCCACCAAAGUUCAUAAGGAACCGUUUAACCAAACUCUUCACCAGCAGCCUAACUGCCCUAUUCUAUUUACACUACCCCAGAGCCUGUUUGUCCCCUAACCUUUCUCUCUCUAGCCCCACCGCUGUGAACAAACGGGAGCUAACACCUUUACAAAUGGGAGGGACAAUUUAGGCCAGGUAAGCAGAUUAAAUGGGCUUGCUAUUAAAAUGGCUGCCUAUUUAAACUGGGCCAACCCCCUUUACACUCUAACUCCACUCCCACAUGGGGCCUUCCCCCUAUGCCCCCCUCUUAGCUCUGUCAAGCCCCUACUCCACUAAGCUGCGCUUGUUCCAUAGGGUUACUUUAAAUUUACUUGGAAUACUCAUUUUAGUGAUUAAACCUGAUUGAUGGAGCUAGCUAUACUAAAGGUUUUGCAAAGAGCCAUUUAUUUUUUUGUGAAACCACUCCAAAACAGAUAACUGAGAAAUGGCGCCCACAGACUCAUAGCACCAUGACUAAUACUAUGGUGCGUUGUGGUUAUGGUGCUUAGGCUGCCACUUUAAUAUUUCAAAGAUGGUGUCACUUUAAUAAGAAAUUAUUGCAGGUUCUAUACUUCAUUUAAGUGUAUAUUCAGGUGAACUGACCAUCUGUGUGCGGGCAGUGGAAAUGAGUGACAUUAGCUCAACCUAAACCUCUUCUAAUUAAAUUUCUUUAAUAAUUUAACUUCUGAAACAGGGGAAGAACAUACGUCUUUCGUUCAAAAUGAAUAGGGAUUGCUUUAAAGAUAGCUGGAGGCAAUCAUUCAACUAUGGCGGCUCUCUGAAGGUUUAAUUGGGGUCAGCCGGGAUUUAAGUCUGUAAACAAUGUUCCGGCUGGGUAUCUUCUUUGGCUUAGCGUUUAUACAGUGAUAUACAGAGGCAGGAGAAAUGUGUCAUGUUAUAGGAGCUGUUAGAGAUAGAAACUACAUUUAUUGUGUAGGAAUAUUAUUCUGGGGCAGACACACAGAUAAAUGGAUUCACUUUGUCAGGGAAAAAUACAUGCAGAAUCUAGAUUGUGGUGGGACAGCUUGAAUAUGGACUGAUAAUAUGGGGGGGCAGCUUGAAUAUGGACUAAUUACAUGGGGGCAGCUUGAAUAUGGACUAAUUAUAUGGGGGCAGCUUGAAUAUGGACUAAUUAUAUGGGGGAGGGCAGCUUGAAUAUAGACUGAUUACAUGGGGGCAGAUGUAUUAUGGACUAAUUAUAUGGGGGAGGGCAGCUUGAAUAUGGACUGAUUACAUGGGGGCAGAUGUAUUAUGGACUGAUAACAUGGGGCAGUUGGAGUAUGGACUGAUAACAUGGAGGCAGUUGUAAUAUGGACUGAUAACAUGGAGGCAGUUGUAAUAUGGACUGAUAACAUGGGAGCAGUUGGAAUAUGGACUGAUAAAACGGUUGCAGUUGGAAUAUGGACUGAUAACAUGGGAGGCAGUUGGAUAUUGGACUGAUAACAUGGGGGCAGUUGGAAUAUGGACUGAUAACAUGGGAGCUGUUGUAAUAUGGACUGAGCAUAAGGGGCAGUUGUAAUAUGGACUGAUAACAUGGGGCAGCUUGAAUAUGGACUGAUAACAUGAGGGGCAGUUGUAAUAUAGACUGAUAACAUUGGGGGCAGCUUGAAUAUGGACUGAUAACAUGGGGACAGUUGGAAUAUGGACUUGUAACAUAUAUGGGAGGACAAGAUUGAACUGCUAAGGAAAGAAUUCUUCCCUCCUUGCCAUUCUGUUUCUCAACCACACAUAGAUCAUGCCUUUCCUACCCUUCAGACAUUCUCCCCGGCUACUGACCAAGAGGUAACUGCUCUUCUCUUUUCCUCUCGCCCCACCACUUGCCCACUCGAUCCUGUCCCAUCUCACCUUGUUAGAUCUCUCUCCACCUGUCUCGUGCCUUCCUUAAUGCACAUCUUCAACUGCUCUCUCUUCUGGCAUUGUCCCUGCUGACCUUAAACAUGCCACUGUAGUACCUAUGCUAAAAAAACCAUCCCUGGACCCAUCCACCCCAUCUAACUAUCGUCCCAUAUCCCUGCUCCCUUUUUCCUCUAAGCUUCUGGAAAGACUUAUCUUUACCCAUGUGUCUCAUUUCCUCAUUUCCAACUCUCUCCUUGACCCUAUUCCAUCUGGCUUUCCACUCUACUGAGACUGCGCUUAUCAAAGUUACUAACAACCUAAAUCCAAAGGCCAUUACUCCAUACUAAUUCUUCUUGACCUCUCUGCGGCACUUGACACCAUUGAUCAUGCUCCCCUUCUUCAAACUCUUCAAUCACUUGGUCUCUGUGACUCUGUCCUCUCUUGGUUUUCCUCUUAUCUCUCCCAAUGCUCAUUCAGUGUCUCCUUUUCUAAUGAUACCUCCUCCCCUCGUCCUGUCUCGGUUGGAGUCCCCCAAGGCUCUGUCCUUGGUCCCCUUCUAUUUUCUCUUUAUACUGCCUCUCUUGGCAAACUUAUUGCCUAUUUUGGAUUCCACUACCAUCUGUACGCUGAUGACACCGAGUUAUAUCUCUCCUCCCCGGUCCUCUCCCCUGCCUUCCUGCAACGUGUCACUGCUUGCCUUUCUUCUCUGACUGGAUAUCCUCCCGCUUUCUGAAACUCAAUCUCCCUAAAACUGAGCUCCUUGUCUUUCCUCCUCCUAAUACUGAUCCUCCUCUUUCGCUCUCCCUUCAAGUUUGUGGUACCCACAUCAGUCCAUCCUUGCAAGCGCACUGUCUUGGCGUCAUACUUGAUUCUAGCCCCUCUUAUAUCUCCUCACAGAUCCAUAGGUAUGUCCCUUCUCGGUCUCUCCGCUCUGCACGUGACCACCUCCUGUCCAUUGUCCGCACCUGUAUGGCCAACUGACGCUUGCAGGACUUCUCGCGGACGGAUCUCUUCCUAUUUAAUAGCCUGCCUACCGCCAUCCAACUCUCCCCUAGUCUUGCAUCUUUUAAGAAGUGCCUUAAAACCCAUCUCUUUAGGAAAGCUUAUUGCCUCCCAGAGUAACGUCUACCUCACAUACCUGUCUCUUGCUCUCUCCUAAAGGGCAGCACACUACUCUGUCCUCCAGCUCUGCCUCACUCCCACCUUAUUUUACUGCAAAUUCCUGUCCUAAUGUGUUUAACAUCCCACCUCCUAUAAAAUGUAAGCUCGAUUGAGCAGGGUCCUCUUCAACAUAUUGUUCCUAUAAGUUUUCUUGUAAUUGUCCUAUUUAUAGUAACAUCCCCCCUCUCAUAAUAUUGUAAAGCGCUACGAAAUCUGUUGGCGCUAUAUAAAUGGCAAUAAUAUUAUUAUUAUUAUUAACUUAAAUAUAAAUUGAUAGCAUGGGUCAAACUGUUUGAAUAUAGAAUGAUAGCGUAGAUGGUAUAGUUUGAAUACGGACUGAUAGGAAGUAUUAACGUUGUAUAAAGGUUUCUAAAUUUGAACUCAAAUAUUUUACAAAUUUUUAUAUUUUUCUAUGUAGAUUUAUAUCUGGGCCAAAUAAAUUGGCACCUGCCCCAAAAAAGUUUUUUUUUUUUUUUCAUAAAACUGUAAAUUUUGGAAAGUGCAUGUGGUAGAAAAGCAAGAAUUACCCCAUUCACUCCGAUGCCUACACUGUGUGCCCAGAAUACAUCCGUGUACUAUCACAAGCAUAAUAAAGAAAAUGCACAUAGAAAGCUGUCCUCUUCCUAACAGUUACGUGUAGUUGGUUCAUGACACAGUCUCUCAGUAGUGAUGGUAGAUGAAAAGACAUUAAUGUACAAUGACUAAUGACAGUAAAGAUGGAUAUAAAUUGCAUAACAAAUAAAUCUCUGUAUUACUUCUGGGGGCCACAUGUGACAUACUGGGGUCAUAUGCAGGUAAACUAACAUAAACAACUCACCUAUUUACUAGCCCUCUUUCCCAUCCCUGACCUUUAACCCCUCAGCCAUCUUCUAACUCCUUUUAGAACCUAGAACCUAUCUCCAAAACACAAACAUGUUUACCUGAUCUCGUUUCUCAUUUGCUGCUUGUUCUCUGCAUAGAAAUGGCUUCUAAAACUGGCCACAGCAGUUUAACUUGUCUAAUAAGGCAUGUCGGUACUAUUUUGGGUAAGGGCUGAUUCUAAACCCAUCCACUAUACCUCCAGGUUGCCGAAAUGUCUACAUUGAGCCUGUGGAUCUGAUCCUGAGGAGAUGUUUUCAUGUUUUAAUAAAGGAUCCUCUGAACUUAGCAGUGUCUCGGGUCCAAAUGAAAAGCCAUAACACAUAAAUUAUCGGUAGUUUAUUUAUAUUAUGCCUUUGAAUAUAUAAUGCAUUAAUGCGAUCUUCGUGUUUUCAUAUUUAAGGUGCUCGAGGAUCCCAUAGAGUUCAUCGAUGGAAGUCACGAACUUGCUGCCUUUGAGAAUCUAGACGAUGAGCCCAAACUUAUUGGAUUUUUCAAGAAUGAGGAUUCUGAACGUGAGUAUUCUGUGUUAGAAGGCACCGUAAAAACACACUCAUAUCGCUACAACACUUAACGGGAAAAAUAAAUUUUACCUGACGUGUUCUAACCAAAUGAGGAAAAUGUUGUACCAUGUUUGAGUCAAGAGGGAGCAGGAAUUUGGAAUAAAUAUUUGGACCCAAAUCAUGUUUUGAAUUUCAAAGGGUUACUCCAAGCACCAUGACCACAUCAUUGAUUCAUAGUGGUGAUGGUGCCUGGAGUAUGUACGUUUCACAUUAAAAUGCUGCACAUACAGAGAUUAACACAUUAGCUGCUGGAGGUGUCACUUCACCACAAUGUUCCCGGCGGGUAAAUGUCUAUUAUUUGAAAAAUAGGGCAUCUGACGCCAGCACGCAGAGCAUGCUGAUAGCCAAUGGUGACACUGACUCCUCCCUCCAUGCUGCCCUAGUCCCACCCUCAGUCCAUCCUCCAGAGAGAGUAGUGAUGACAGCUAAUGAGGAUCGGACUGCAGGGAGAACUUGGACUUAAAUCAGACACCAACACAUUUCGGUGUGGGGUAAUUCACAUAAAUUUUAAAAAAAUAGACUACCCAACCAGCAUACUUCUCAGAAUGCCCUCACCCACUAAUAAACUGAAAUGGCAAUAUAUUUAAAUACCUCUACAAUGAAAAAAAAAAAAAAAAAGGAGGCCCGCUGUUGAAAUGCUGACUGGGACAAAUGAGCGAAGAGAGGAAUUUUCUAUGUGUGCAGGGGAUAAGUCAGAUAAGCACAGCUUACAUUAUAAGACCAAAACACAAAGGGUCUGAUCCGGCAGCAGCGAGCGCCAGAGACACGUAUUAUAAAGGCUUCGUGUUCCAACUUUACACUGUGCGCACACCUCCACAGUCUGAUGUCGUAGUCUCUAUAUACCAUGUGAAAAAGCAUGAAUUCUCCCUAUGGCACAGUAUGCUCCCUUUGCUAAUGUUUCCUUUCCCGUGGAAGGAACACACUCUUCACACAUAGGGCAUUUGAGCAAGCUAAAGUGCAUUAGGGGUCUGAAGAGGCCCUUUUAAUGGUACACUCCAAUCACCAUAACUACUACGGGGUGCUGUAGUGGUUAUGGUGCCAGAAGUGCUCUGGCGUCCCCCCGUUGUAAGUAGUAAAACCAUUUAAAAUGAUUUGACUUCUUAUUUGGGGUUCACUGGGCGCCCCUGCCCGCCUCCACUAUAACUCAGUGAGAGCCAGAAGCUCUCUUUACGGAGCUAAUCCCAGUGGUGUAGAGCUUAGCUGGUUGGUCGAGAACAAUCAACUGAUACUCUCAGCCACUACAAUGCUUAUCUCAGGAGAACUAAUGGAAUCUCCUGAGCUGGAGUUUCCUGCUCUUCCUAAGCUGUAGUAGACUCAGGGAGCAGCACCUGGAGGACAGUUUAACCACUUAUAAGGGUAGGGGGCGGGCAUUCCUGCAACCAUAACCACCGUAACACAUGUAAUGAUUAUGGCGCUUGGAGUGUUCUUUUAAUGAAACAGAAAAUUCCAGAAAGUGACAGAACAGCUCUAGAAAAUGAGAAAACAAAGGAGCCUCCUCAAACCAGCUUUCAGUCCACAUCUUAAUAGAGACCUUGUUCACAAACAGGGAUAUUCACUAAACGCGGGAUCAUAGCUUGCAAAAAUCCAAAAUGCCAAAUUUACAUGAAAAAUUUGUGGAUCUGGAAUAAUGUUUAACCUCAGCUAUAGUCACACAGCAUGGCUAUUUUAGCUUGAAUUUUGUCCUUAAGAAUUUAAUUCCUUACAGUUCCGAGUUUAGUCAAUAAACCUUGGAAUCAUCAGUCGCAAUUCCGCACAGGGAAACUACACUUUGAGCUAAAAGAACAGACACAAACACAUUGAUCUCACAGAGGGACCGGCCAUCCAAAAAAGCACUUCACAGACUCAUUGAAAUUAGCAUUAAAGGGGAAUUAGGAGAUGUUCAGAGUCAGCAAAAUGCAUGUUACAGCUCCAUUAAGCCAAACUCAAUCCUGCUUCCGCAGCACGAGAGACUGUGCGCUGCAGUGGGGUUUUUGGGGGGCUAUCACUGAUCGGGGGUUGCACGUUAAAAGGAAAGGAGUCAGCUCAUUUAGCAAAGUGAAGGGACAAUUCUUAUCAUGAAUCCAAAAGCUUAAAAUUAAUAUUAAAGUACGCCAGCCAUGUAGCUCUGCUGUGUUAACUUUUUUUUUUUUUAAAACACGAUUCAGCCAUUUAGAAGGCAUAUUUUAACCAACCUCUCUUCGAAACAUAGAAACAUAGCAUGUGACGACAGAUAGGAACUAUUUGUCCCAUCUCUCUUACAAUCAAUGAUAAGGUUGAGCAUUUGAAACCUUGUGUUUCUUGAUUCCUGCACCGGUUCCGAGGUCACAAAGAUUAAAAAGUCGCAAACACAAAGUUAGCAAUCAGCUGAAAACACUGUAACUUAGUAGUCAAUAGCAGGAGUGCAACAUAAGUAGUUUUCAUACUUGCGCAAGUAACUUUCGAACAUGCUUUAACCAUGUAAGAAUAAAUGGGAAAUGAUUCCUUCAUAAGAAAACGUUUUUUAAUGGUCCAAUAUCAAAAUGGAAUGGCCACUCAUUUAAAGGAACACUCCAAACACCAUAAUCACUACAGCAAUCUCUAGUGGUUAUGGUGCCUGCAAUAACAUAGUGCCCUGCCCAUUUUAAUAAGUGAAACUGUUUGAAUAGUGUGACUGACAUCUUGCCCGAGGUCCAGUCGGACGUUACUCCCCACCUAUUGCCGUAGAGAGGACGUUCCUUGCAUGCUGCAGUGGUUAUAUGCUUUGAGUGUUCCUUUAAGAGUUGCAAGGCUGAUGCAAACAUGCAAACAUUGAAUAAACACCAUGACAUGAGUGUGGAGAUAUCACAAAAUAGCACUGGCCCUUAAGGAGUUAAUACCAUCCAGCAUUCAUAUUAAAUUCUAUUAGUGAUAGCAGAAUUAAGGAAGAAAAAUUUUAGUUUUGUGGGUAUUGGUUUUAUUUUUCCCUAUAAAGCUUGGACGUGUUUUGGGAGUUAAAAAGUAGUCAUCUGCCCAAUUUACUAUCAUUAAGAAUGGCAGCUUGCUAGGACUUCUGGCCUACACACACACACAGAGCACACUGGUGCCAUUGACAAAUGGUUAGUACAUAUUAUUCUUCAGAGGAAACAACGCCAUGCGGAACUGAGAGAGAGUGUGGGUGCUGCACGAUAAGCCGCAAAGGAUUAUGGGAGCUGGGGCCAUGGUCAUCUUUUGGAAACCUGUUCCUUUCAAGCGGGCUUAGAACUCGAGUUAAAUUAGUGUAAUUAAUCUCAGAGGCCUUAAUGAGGCUACUAUUGAAGGCCAGGAAUAAAACUAGGAGCUUUUGAAGAAUUUGUGCUGUGCUGUUCUGCAAGCCAACCAUCCCUCUCCCCCCCGGCUGCAUAUCGAUUAACUUUCUGAUACCAAGCGUUACAGACUCAUUCUUCCAAAGUACAUUAAUCUUUGCGAAUUUACAUAUCUUUAACAUCACCAGCCCACACAGCCAUGAGAAGCGUGCAGAUGAGCGAUAUGUAGACACUAUGAAUACGUAAGCUACAGCAUGACUAGCGCCUGCCCCCUCACCUCCCCCAUCUUUGUGCCAAACAUGCCAAAUCUACAGGGCAGGGCAUGGCAGUUUGAUCUUGAUGCUGCGGGGCUAUAGUAUAGCCCCCCAGUCAGUGAAGCCUCUCAACCUCGUGAUUAGAUUUCAUAAACUUAACGGUUUUAGAAGAAACAAACAAAAUUCUUGUGAACUCAUAUUUAUUUAUUACCGACAUUAAUAAAGCGCCAACAUAUUCCGUACAAUUGGGAAAAAGACAAUACAAAAAGAACAGACCAGUACAAGAGGCAGAGCCAUUUCAUUUAUUGCAAACUUAAUACCAAACCAUAGAGAUUGCCCCACGGGGAAAAAAGAGCCAAGCUGAGACUCAAGUUAAAUUCACCCAUUUUAACCUAAAUGUUGCAGUUCAGUUUUGAGUUCAUUGUUUAUAAAGAGAUACUAUUUAUGCCAAGUUAAGAUUGCAACUUUUUCAGGGAUCUGAAUUGUUAGGUGUUUAAAGUAGAUACAAAAUUAAUUUUAAAUGUAAACCAAAAUUGGAAACUGAAAACGUCACUGAAUAAUUCUUCCAGUUCAGCUAUUUUGCUCAAAAGAAUUGAAAUUCACUUUGUAGUGGCCCAUCUAGUCUGCCCAAUUUUCUAAAUACUCUCCUUAGUCCCUGGCUUAAACUCCUUCACUGUGUUAACCUCUACCCCCUCCGCUAGAAGUCUAUUCCAUGCAUCCACUACCCUCUCAGUAAAGUAAUACUUCCUGAUAUUAUUUUGCUUGAAUUGUGUUUUUUUCCAGCUCUGAGAUUUUAGAUCUUUCACUCUACAAUCUCUCUCAUUACGGCAUCCAUAAUAUGAAUUCAGCUCUUUUUUUUUUUUUUAUUGCCCGGUUGACGCUGAAAAACAUGUCUGAAACAACCAAUCAGAAUACAGCCUUGAUUUCAAGUGGGUUUUAUUUUCUUGUUUUUGAGCAGCCAUUCACUAAAAUGCGGUGCUUCAUAUACGGAAAUCUAAAAGACAGAUAAAUCCCUAAGAUUUUACAUACUUACGAGAAUGUAUCUCACUGUGUAAGAAAAAAUUUCGGACAUUACUAACCCCUUAAGUUAAUUAGGAUGAUAACGGCAGUGUGAUAGUGGCAGUGUCCCUUUAAAUGGCCCAUGGCAUACUGAGUGACAUAAGGUCUGUAGAAAUUCCUCUUAUCUGGGAGUCUGAGUUUUCAGCAUAUAAAUUAUUUGUUUUAAUGUUCCAACAUGUGUAAUGCGAAGAUAAGGAGAGGGAGGGUGAUACAGCUCACUGAGCCCACUUAAUAAUGCAGGAUCUUUAAUGCAAUGAUGCUAAAUUUAAAAGCUGUUCCCUUUUCUACAGUUCUGGGCACUUUCUUUGUAACCUGCACAGAACAGGAAUGGACACAAUAAAUACAUAAUCCAUUUCAUUGUUUGUUUGUUUUUAAAAGGGAACUCGUGUUUCUGGAAUUUACAGCACAGAAUAAAAUAGUGAAAAUGGCCUAAACUUUGAGUUAACCUGUUUGUUUACACGUGAUACUCCAUAAUAUUUUAACAUUUUAUUGACCAUUUAGCAAAUUACAUCAUAAUCCUUUUUCUCAAGGCACAAUCGGGGCACAUGAUGCGAAUGAGGAGAGAAAUAGAAACAUUGUUUAAUUUCUUCUCGCCGCUAUGAUUUCUGUAUGCUGACUGCCAGGUGCAAAGUAUAGAGGCUGUGACAUUGAUUGACACAGAUCCAAGAUGGAGCCACCCAGUUGAAGGAAUAGAGUGGGUUUCUAUAUUGUUCUAUACCCCACAAAUAGAUAUUUAAUUUAAAAAAGGGAUAAGUAAACAUAAUAUUAAGAAUUCUGAGAUGUUUCAGUUGUCCUGCUGGAAUUAUUUCGUACAUUUUUUGACGAUACUACAAUCCUGUCUGUAACUACUCAAGAACUGAAGGAAUUUGCAGUUGUUUUACAAUUUAGAAAAAAGUACCUUUACCACUGUCAAAAAUGGGCAGAAACAUGUAUAUGUAAAAGUUGACUCCUUACUUCUAUUCACAAUUUCCCUGACCAAUAAAAAUUUUUUAUUUUUUUUUUACGUUUUAUGUUUGUACCAUGAAAAGAGGGGAAGUAUAUACUAAGAUGCUUGAAAUGUUUACACACCAAACAGUUUGUUGGAGUUUGUUUUAGCGUGGUACAUUCCCCAAUAUUAAACCUGUACAUCCUGCACAGUGUUAAUAUAAAAUUGUUUCCUAAUUGACACAGUGUUGCUUGCUGACAGGCAUUUUGGCAUGGUUCUCAUUGUGAACAAGUCUUUCUAUACACCACAUAGCAGCAUAGCAUCAUGGGAAUCGUAGUGCACACCAGCUAUGGUGCAAACGAUUAAUCACAGCAAUUAUACCAUGAUUCCACGCUUCUUUAUCACACGUGCUAACUAUAAUUAGGCGAAAGGUGUUUUUUUAAAAGUGGAUUAAAUUGUUUUUGUUUUUUUCUAAAGAACGGUCAUUCAGUUUUAUCUGCUAAUUUUUUUAAACCUUUAUUACAUUUGAUGACAUUUAAUAUAUUUUUUUUAAUGAUAUAUUGAUUUUAGUUUAACUUUUUUAUCUGACUGAGCAGCCAUGUUAGGUCACGUUUGUGUAAUCAACUUCUGCUCAAUCUACUGCAGGCCUCACAACUGUCCUGAUUUCGGCACUCCCUAUUUCAGGGUUCUGUCCUGAUUUCGGCACACCCCAUUUUAGGGUCCUGUCCUGAUUUUGGCACUCCCUAUUUUAGAGUCCUGUCCUGAUUUCGGCACUCCCUAUUUUAGGGUCCUGAUUUUGUUUCUCUGUCCCCAGGGAGCACCGCAUGUGUACAUCUUGCCCUGUCCGACAAGGACUAGGACCAUGCAGAGAGUGCUAUGGCAGCAAUCUCUGCAUGAUCUUCUAACUCGGAGGCUGGUCAGAGAGUCUGUCUGUCGGCUGUCUGAGAACUGUAAAUUUGAUAACAGUAGACCUUAAAAACAGUAUUUUUAACGUAUUUUUUAAAUGAAUCUUGUUAUAAUGCAGAUCCAUAAAAUAAAUCUAUCUAUAGAUAGACAAUGAAAGCUGUUGAGGGCACUGUCAGUUGUUAAUGCUAUUAUUUAUCUGUGAUUUCAGAUUACAAAGCCUACUUAGAUGCGGCAGAGGAAUUCCAUCCGUACAUACCAUUUUUCGCUACCUUUGACAGCAAGGUAAGGCUCAGUGAAUGUAAAAUCCUUCCUAUUUCUACCACCUUUUUUUAAAUCAAGGUCGUCGGUCACCUAACAAAAUUAAAGUGACACUAUCACCUUCAAAUAUCUUUCUAUAAUCCACUUUAAAACAAUACUGGACGCACAAUAUUGCUUUCACUUAUCAAUAUAUAUUUGGCUUAGCCGUAAUGUAAGCACUUAAUACUAUACCCGUGUUCCAGUAUGGGUGCAAAAAUUCUUAUUAUUUUUUCUUGUAUCAAAGAGGUAUUGCCAUAGACCAGGGGUAGGCAGCCUUCGGCACUUCAGAUGUUGUGAACUACAUCUUCCAUGAUGCUGUACCAGUAUUAUGGCUCCACGAGCAUUAUGGGUGAUGUAGUCAAAAACAUCUAGAGUGCCAAACUUGCCUACCCCUGCUAUAGACUAUACGCGAAUGCAAUUGGUUCCUGCUUGGGUAAAGGUGUUUUGCGAAUUCACCGCUCUCUGAUCCAUGAGUUGAGUUCCCCAGCGAGUGACACUGAAGUUCAUCUGAGAAUAAAUUCAGUAGAAUUUCCUAAAUAUUAUAUUAGUGAAAUUUGACAAUUUGACGGCCUAUUCCUUUUCUGAAUAGAUAGCAUUGUGCAUUUCAUUCGACCCAUAUUUCUUGAUAAACCAAAGUAUGCUGGGGAAAUUGGAAAGGAUCAAUGAAUGUCCUUUUCACUUGUGUCACGUCUGUAGGUUGCCAAGAAGCUGACACUCAAGCUGAACGAGAUUGACUACUACGAGCCUUUCCAUGAUGAACCCGUCACCAUUCCCGAUAAACCCAACAGUGAAAAAGAGAUUGUAGAAUUCCUGCACUUGCACAAGAGGUGAGAAAAUGUUCUAAGAGCGGAACUCUGCGAUGGUGUAUCUCAGACCAAGAGAGAAACUAGUCACCGAUAGCACUCGAUCUAACAUGGGCUCAGACACAAGAGAUAAUGAAUCAGGUGUGGGUAUCUGAAGCUCCAUAAAUAAAAUUAAAUGACAAGAAGAGGUCUAUUUAUUAUAGAUCCUAAAAGCAGAGCCUUGUACGUCAGUAGGUAUAUCCUAUUACUGACACACAGAAGGUAAUCAAGGAUGAGGAGAUCUCUUGUAGACAUGCUUUCAAUCCGCAAAUUAAUAGUCAGAGGUUUAUCAACCCAGAUUACUUUUUUAUACUAAAAUACAGAGAUAGACAAGGAAAAAAAGGAUGUAGAAAGAGAAAGAGAGAACUAAUGGUUUUUGUAAGACAUUUAGCAGAACAGUGUAAACCCAUGAUUAAUAUUCCAGUGGGGGAUCACAGGGGAUAGACUAGGAGGUAUAUAUCCCAUUCACAGGCACUCCACUUACCGACCACCUUUCUCAAUAGCAUGUUUUUUAGGCGCCUCUUUGUAUAUUAGCAUUAUUUACGAAGCUAGUAAAGGUAAUUAGUGUUGUUCCCCGCAGCCUUCUGACACGGAGUGUUAAAAUACUCUUUCUUGCUUCUUGCUUCUUUGUGCUUUUUUGUCUGUCUCUGCUGGGUGCCCAUUGCUGAUACUAUGAUAAGAUGUCUUAUGGAAUCCGUCUAUCUUCUAAAGCAGGUGGCUAGACGUUCGUCUUGAUUGGUGCACUUGCCAUAGCUGUUCGUAGGAAAACAGUUUAGCUGCUAUAGAAACCUUCAGCUUAAUAGGGAUAACUAUUUUUUAUCUCUCUUAUGUUUUCUCUUGUUCUCUUACGUGGCUGUGUCUUUAACCCGUUGCUUAUCAAAUCUACUGCUAACGCUACAAGUGCCCCAUUGUUGCCAGAUAGGUUUAUGCACAUUCAUAUGGUCACAAAUGUGAUGUAAGUGGGUGGACGUAAAGAGUAGCAAUACAAAUAUAUAAUAUGGGUAUAAUAACGAGUUAAUGUCUCCGGGCCUAAGCCUAUGACUAAGUGCCUAUGGUGAAAUGCCAAGGUUGGUUGGCUCCUGCAUCUUGAUGACAGCUCUUUGUAUGUCCUCAAUGUACUAAACUAAAUCCUCAGCACCAUGAGCCAUAAGCAGGUGUGCGUCUCUCGGUUUGAGAGACAGAGUCAUUUUCACUGGUAGCAAUUUAGAAACACACGUACAAAAAAAAUAAAACCAAAAUACAAAGAAUAAUUAUUAUAUACAAAGACAUGAGCAAGUAAUCACAAAAAUACAUCUACAAUAUUGCUAUGGAGCAUAUCAAGAUUAUGUUAUCGAGCUCCUGAGAUCUGUUUCUGAAUUUAUAUUAUAACGCCUAAAAAGAUAAAAUAGAAAUGGAUUUCCGUGUGCCUUUUUCAUAGUAGUGCAGACAGAAUAUAUAUAAAAGUAUGUCUAAAACCAUAGUUAUCUAGCUUAAACCCUUAAGGACCAAACUUCUGGAAUAAAAGGGAAUCAUGACAUGUCACACAUGUCAUGUGUCCGUAAGGGGUUAAAAUGGUGGUUUUCGGGGCUACACCAAAAUGAAAGAAAGCUCUUUAUAAAUGUCUACACCCUGUACGUACAUAUGUGUGUGUGUUUUGGUGUGUUUUUAUAAUUGCAUUUCUGUAAAAUUUCAAAAAAUAUUGAAUACAUUGAAAAAAAGAAUGGAAAAAACACCUGUUUUAUCCCAAAUAACAGACUUUUAAAAGACCUGAAUAAUUUUAUCAAGCAGAUCGCAGAGUUAAAAAAAUAAAUAAAUAAAACAAAACACAAACACAUCAUGGUGUUAAAGCAAACAACAUACUCUCUGACUUCUAUGCAAUUUUCUCCAUUUCAUUAACAAUAGUUUCUCCGAUAAGAACUAUGCCCUGUUAUUUUGUCAUUAGUUCACAGUUUGGGUUGUGUUCACAGAGAAUUGUGUGCUUAUUUAGCGUCUAUUGAAUACACAGGAGUUGGAACGACCGCUAUUUUAAAACACAAACAAGCUUGCGUCAUUAUGCCAUUAAACAAUUGAUUGGCACUUUGCAGGAAGGCAAGUUAGACUUAACAAGAUUAAAAAACAAAAGAUAUAUGGGGGUUAAUGACCGUAUACAAAUAUUGUGAUCUGGGUCAAGAGGAUGUGUGAAUAUUUCCUCCUGUACAGGAUCUAUCCAUCCUAGGUUCCCAUUUAAUAUUUUGUAUAGGCUUUUAAAAUUAUUUAAAAAUAAAUAUAAUACAUUUAACCUAAAUACAUUUAAUCUAAAUAUAUAUACAGUGGGACCUCGGUUUACAAACGCCUCGGUUAACAUAAUUUUCGGUUUACAAAUGAAAAUCCAUUUAUAAUAAUGCCUCGGUUUACAAAUUUGUUUCGCUAUACAAAACACGUUUCCCCAGGAUGCAUUGCACCUGGGAGGUUUAUAGCACCGCCCCUGCAUGCUGGAGCCUGUGGGUAGCACGUGGCGUAGAGUGUGGAGGUGUUGGAGCGGCUUUUGCAUAGAGUUUUGGAGCCAUUCUGGAAAUUGUUUGCAGUUGUUUUGGGACUUUUUGGUGUAUUUCUCAAGCUGUGGAAAGGUAGGGAGCUGAGCUUCGUCGUUUGCAUGCCUUUUAUUGUGUGUUCUGCAUUGUGGGUUGGUUUCCAUGCCAGCUCAUUUUCACUUAUUUCUGACCUCCAGAACGGAUUAAUUGGUUUUCAAUGCAUUCCUAUGGGAAACCGCGUUUCGGUUUACAAAUGUUUUGCAAUAGGAAAUGUCCCGGAGAACGCAUUAAAUUCAUAAACCGAGGUCCCACUGUAUUUAUUAUUAUAAAUAUUAACCCCUUAAGGACCGAGGACGGUACAGGACUGUCAUCGGCAUUUUUGCCUUGCUGACCGGUGACGGUCCUGAACCGUCCUAACGGUCUUAUGUACUUACCCGAUAGCCGUCGUUCCCCUGGGGGCGAUCGACGUUACUCACAGUGUGGGGGAGACUGCCUGCAGCCCAGACAGUCUCCCCAUGGUGGAUUAGGACCCCUGGGGCCAUGUGCUCGCUCAACAGAGCGAUCACAUGGUCACAGUAGGUGUCCAUUUGUCUGCCUGCAGGGUAACUGUCUGUGCUGACAGGCAGUCUCCCUGCUAGUGUAAAAUCAUAAAAAAAAAUAAAGGUUAAUGUUAAUAAAAAAAUAAUUAUAUAUGUGUAUAUAAAUAUGAUAUAUAGACAUUUAUUAUAUCUAUAUAAUAUAUGUCUAUAUAUCAUAUAUAUAAUGUCAUACUAAGUGUAUUUUUAUAUUAAUAUGUAAAUUAUAUUAAUAUAAAAAUACACUUAUAAUUAAAUAACACACGUAUAUAUAUAUAAUAUAUAUAUAAUAACUAUAUAUAUUGUGUAUAUAUAUAUAUUAUUAUAAAAUACAAAUAAUAAGUAAUUUAAAUUAAAUUAAAAAAUGUAAAAAUAAUAAUAAAAUAUUUUUAAAAAUUUAUAUAUCUAUAUGAAAUUUUAUUCGAACUGUAUUUUGAUAUUAAUAUAUAUAUAUUUAUAUCAAAAUACACUUAGAAUGAAAUUGUAUAUAUAUCUAUGUAUAUAUAAAUAAAUAAAAAUAAUACAAAAUAUACAUAUGUCCAUAUACAAAAUUACAUAAAUAAUUAUAUAAAUAUACACGUAGUUUAUUUUUCGAUGUGCGUAUUUAUGUAAUAUUUUUACAUAAUUAAGUAAUUUUAUUGAUUGCAAUUUGAGGGACCUGCCUGCCAACCCAGGCCGAAAGUCCAGAGAAUUUAAUUUGCUAGCACUGUAUUUUACCCUGUAACAUUCUACGACACCCUAAAACCUGUACAUGGGGGGUACUGUUUUACUCGGGAGACUUCGCUGAACACAAAUAUUAGUGAUUAAAAACAGUAAAACAUAUCACAGCGAUGAUAUUGUCAGUGAAAGUGACUUUUUUUGCAUUUUUCACACACAAACAGCACUUUUACUGAUGAUAUAAUUGUUGUGAUACGUUUUCCAGUUUUGAAACACUAAUAUUUGUGUUCAGCAAAGUCUCCUGAGUAUAACAGUACCCCCCAUGUACAGGUUUUCUAGCGUUUUUGAAAGUUAUAGGGUCAAAUAUAUAGGUCAAAUAUUUUUACAUUGAAAAUGGCCAGGUUGGUUACGUUGCCUUUGAGAGCGUAUGGUAGCCCAGGAAUGAGAAUUACCCCCAUGAUGGCAUACCAUUUGCAAAAGAAGACAACCCAAGGUAUUGCAAAUGGGGUAUGUCCAGUCUUUUUUAGUAACCACUUGGUCACAAACACUGGCCAAAAUUAGCGUUCAAUUUAGUUUUUUUACUUUUUUCACACACAAACAAAUAUGAAUGCUUACUUUGGCCAGUGUUUUCGACUAAGUGGCUACUAAAAAAGUCUGGACAUACCCCAUAUUGAAUACCCUGGGUUUUCUACUUUAAAAAAAAUAUGUACAUGUGGGGUGUUAUUCAGAGAUUUAUGACAGAUAAUAGUGUUACAAUGUCACUAUUGAUAAAUUUUAAAAAUGUAUGUUUUGAAACCGCAAUAUCCUACUUGUACUUAUAGCCCUAUAACAUGCAAAAAAAAAAAAGCAUGUAAACUUUUUAAACUCAGGACAAAAUUUUGAAUCUAUUGAGCAGUUUUUUUCAUUCGCUUUUGUAAAUGAGUAAAAGAUUUUUCAAGUAAAAAUAAAAAAACAGGUAUUUUUUCAUCAUAUUUUUUUAAAAUUAAGUUACAUGAGAUUAUAUAAAUAAUGGUAUGUAAAGAAAGCCCCUUUUGUCCUGAAAAAAACAAUAUAUAAUUUGUAUGGGAACAGUAAAUGAGAGAGCGGAAAAUUACAGCUAAACACAAACAGUGUAAAAAGAUGCCUGGUCGCAAAUACAGUCCGGUCCUUAAGGGGUUAAAGGGACAUUCCUGACUCCUAAAGCACUUUAGCUUGCUGGAAAGCUUUAUGUGUCAAGAGUGUGUCCUCUUUUUUUCAUUUUGCAAAAAUUGCAGAUUUCAACAGAAAUUGACACUUUUAUAAAUUAAUCUGGUCACACCCCCUUGGCUUGCGAGCAGAGAACAGGUCCUGUUACUUCCUGCUUUGGUUAGCUUACUGGAGCUAAACUCAAGAGACAGCAAUUACUCAGAAUGCCUCAUUGAGCUGAAUUGGGAAGUCUGAGAUUGGACAGCCAAAGAAAGUCUGGGCGGGUGUUAGAAGGGGAGGGCUUGCAAAGACAGCAGAGAUGAGAACUGCCAGUGUUGCAAACUGUUUUAGAUAUAUCCCCAAUGACAUAAAUGCAUAAAUAAAAGCAUUCAAGUCUUCAUUUGGGUUAUAUCAACUAAGCAGCGCUUUGUAUUUAUUUUAUAGUUAGGCAGUGAAGUGUCCCUUUGAACUAUUUUAAAAAAAUAUCCAUAAACACAAAAUCAUUUGAAAAGCUUAUCAAAAAUGUUAAAUCGAAACUCUAGUCGCACAUUGUGCACUUUACAUUGAACUAAGCAAAAGCAACGUUCACAAGGGACUAGUGGGGUCACAAUGACACAAGCGGGGUAAUGAGUUUUUGAGAGUAAAAGAGUAUUGUGACCUGGGUCUCUGGGUUUGAAGAUUCCUUCUCUGACGCUCACCAACCUUUUAAAUUAGUGGCAGAGAGUGGCAUGACAUAAUCUCGGAAUUUUGGGCAUGUUGAAAAGGACUGAGUGACCUGCUGUAGGCCUUUUCAAAUAGCAAUUUUCACAAUUAUUAGGUUGCAUAGUGCUUAUUUUUAAAGGAAAGUAGCAAGGCAUAGAGAUGUAGAAAAUUGGUUUGUAGGAAGGUAUACUCAGUGAGACAGUCCUCUCCUAUGUUUUAAUAACUAAAACAAGUCUUCCUGGUAAGGGUCGUAUCUCACUAGAGUGGUUCGUAAAAGAUAAAAUGUAACCUUUAUUAAUUGAUUAUUAUAUUUAUACAGAUUGUCUCUGAAAUAAAAUAAAAUAUAAUGAGAGCAUUAGUGUGUUAUAAAGUGUUUCACUGAGUCAUUAUCAACCCGCAUUAUAUAUGUCACUACUUAAUUCUAUGCCCCAAAAAAGAGAAUUUUUUUAAUGAGUUAUCUACAUACAGGUUAAUAGAGUCCAUAACAUCAAGAAUGAUUCUUUACUCAAAAGUAGGAAUUUCUAUAACAGAUAUUGUAGACCUAAUUAUUGAUGUAUACACUGAUAACGUGCAAUGAUGUAAAUGUACUUAAACGUGUCUCUUUUAUAGGGGAAAAUGCCCUAUUUUGGGCUGAAAUCCCAUCAAAGAAUGGGUCCCUGAAUUAAUGCAGAGCACAUAAACUGGAUGCCUUUAAAAAAAAAAAAAAAAAAAGGAUGAGAGUCACUGUCCUAAAUUCUAAAUAAUGGCUAAUUUGGGCUCCCCUCUUCCCCCUUGCAAAAUAAGUACUUCAUAUAUAGAUGAUACAAUCUUUAUGAAAUACUCAUUUUGAUUUUGUUGAAAUGUCAGUGAAAGUCCAACCCGGUCAAAAGAGAUACUAAUACAAAGUAGGGACUCUAGUGUUGGUUGGAGGGACGUGGCUUUAUCUAUGGACUGCAGAAUCUUCCAUAGACCUCAAUGCUGUACACUCGCGCAUGCACAAGAGUACAGCAAUGACAUUGGCUCCUGGCGCCGACGUGGUCCAGUCAAAAGAACAUGUCUGUGAGGGACAGGUUCAGAGACGUUACGUUCAGCUUUGCCUGCCCCCGCCUCCCCCACCCUCAUUGGCGAUGUCACCAUCGGGGGGUUUUGCAAAUAAUGCAAAGUCCCCAGACGCUGACAGUGCUGCUUUAACUGGGGUGUUUGAUUUGUAAUUUUUGAUUAAUCUUCAAACCCCAUCAAGUCACAAGGUUUCUGAUUGAGGAUAAAUAUCACGGCCUUUAGAAGACACUUGUCGAUGGAUCUCUUGGCCAUCUUGCACACGGGUGCUGCAGGGGUUAAUCAGCAGCAGGCAGACAAUGCUUGCAUGUUGUUUUUCAGCGUGUGUGAUGAAAGCCUGCUUCUAAGACACACACUUUAAAUAUUGGCAGUUCACAGACUUCAGUUGCUAUGACAGCGAGGCCUUUAAACUGUGCGUUGAGCAAAUAACAUUAUUAUUGUGGGGUUUUUUUGUGAUAUUACUUCUUUUUUUUUCUCUCUCUCUCUCUUCCUUGCGCUACUUUCUGGAUGAGCAGCUCACAGUAUUACAGCCAAAAGCAUCAUAACAAAAUGAAAUAGGAUUCUUUGCAGUUAUUAACUUAAAGUCAAAAGGCGCUUCCAUGUAUGCCUUAUGGACCUCACGAGAGCGGGAUUUAACCCUUUACACUAAAUUAGAGCAACAUUUACAGCGUUUUUCCCUGAGAAUACAAAGUGCGAAUACAAACUGAGCUUAAAGUGAAUUUCAAAAUUGACUGGAAAAAUUAUCUAAAUCCGCUAUAAUUACAGUUGUGCUACUUGGCCUUUAAAGAAACACUAUUCUAAACACUAAACACUAAACGUGUAUUCCUGACCCUAUAGUGUUAAAAAAAAAAAUGUUAAGUGGCUGUCCCCGUCCCCCCAUUGCCCACCUUAAAUAGGGUAAAAACUCCCCUUUAUUGCAGUGCCGCACAGGACUGUCGGUGAUGGCCCCUCCCCCAAUCCGACUCCUUGGCUGAGAUCAUCAGAAUUGAUGAUCUCAGCCAAUUCAAUGCUUUUCUAAAGACACCAGAACCUCUACAUUAGGCUGUAGUUGUUCUGGUGACUAUAAGCUGAAAAUCCACUUUGAAUUCUCACUUUACUGAAUAAGCCUGAUAUUAUAACUUCCUGAACUCUCUACAGCUAUCUCGGUUGACUUAAAAAAAGGUAGCCCAGUAUUCAGUAGUUCUGAACCAGGUGUAACAGACAAGUUAUCAGUCUACAGGGUGGAACGGGGCAACAGACCAACAAAUAUUACUCAGUGCGACAAUUACUUUGUCUGGGCUACAGACGCACAAAUUUAAUUAAUGAUUAGGCAGGUGAGAGAGUGAUUUGGAUAACAUUUUUGGGUGGAGGUACAAAUGCCCCCUCUUCGCUUGAUCUUAUUAGUAGUGAUGGUAGUGUAAGUAACAAGUACUAGUGAUUUGGUCAGUAUAGUGCAUAAAUGUGAUUGCAUUUACUGUGUAUCUUUGUGUGUGGUUUGUAAAUGUUCUGUGGCAGAAAAAAAUAUGGUUAUAGAAAGACAUUCUCAAAUAUAAUUUAUAUAAUGUCCAAAAUUAUUGAAAACAAGGCAGGUGAAAUAUGGGAACAUUAUGACUCACAGUAUAAUCAGUACGUCACUCUAAUUUAACUAGGCCGAUGCGUUCAUGUGAGCUACGUGUGACCCAGAUUUUAUUCAAAGGGUUUAAUAAGCAGGCUUCUAAAGGGAACUUUAAAAUGGGUCCUUCGUACAGAGAACAGAGGACUGUCAUGGUAACCAAAGGGAAGAGGGAACAGAACGUUCUUUCCCGCAAGUCCUUGUGGUCAGUUUUUUAGGCUCUCAAUUAUUAAACAAAAAUCUAGCACCUUUCUCUUGACAGUUGCUCCUGUCCUCACAAUUGUAAAGGUUACUGGGACAUUUGUUGGGGCGUGGUGUGGAACACAAGUAAAUAUGAAAUAGUCUUACCUUUGCUGCAAACAAGCUCUGUCAUCUUCCUGAAAUGUUUUUCAAGUACACAUGUGCUGGGAAACCUUUUAUUUUUUUCACGAUUACUUGUGUGUGCACGUGCAUUCAAGGGCUCUUGGGGCAUUUUGACAUUUGCAUUGUGUGCCAACCUGUGCCAAAGGAGACAAGUAUUUGAUUAAAAUAAAAUGAAUAGCUUAAUGAAUGUAUAGUUGGCCAUGAAGUUUACAAUCACUUUAGGUAAAUUUAAAAAAAAAGUGCAGAAUAUUUUUUUGACAUCUUUUUAAUAUAAACUGGUUAUUUUCCUACCUUUCCUUUUUAAACUGCUAAAAGGAAUGUGGGCCCAUUUAUUGCUGGUGACGGAGUAAAACAUAGCUCUGCCGGACCAAUGCAGAAUCUGUUUAUUAUAGGAUCAUAGGGGUAACUUCUGUCAAAAAUGUUCAUCUCCUAGGUUGUUGGUAAACUGCACCUACUGAAUAUUUACUAAAUCAAUUUCUUCUUUCUUUAGACCAACACUGAGGAAGCUACGGCCAGACAGUAUGUAUGAAACCUGGGUAAGUGUCCAGAAACAGGCAUUUAGUUAAAUACAUAUAUUACAUAGGACAUUGGUUGUAUCACCUGCUGAAAAAGGACAACAUUUAAGCUUGUUGUCACUUAGCUCCUCAGUUUUGCCAAACAUUUCAAAACACAAACUUCCAUGUCAUAUGUCAAGCACAAAAAAUAGAGAAGCCUCUUGGCUUUCAUGACAUGUUCCACUCAUAGAGAAUUGUGGACACCCCGACAAUACAUCCACAUCACUGUAAGGAGAUCAAUAAUUUUUUCAUCCAUAGGAAGGUUCAUAUAUUUCACUAAAGAAUAGCAAGUUCCACCAAAGGCAGUAUAGGAAUGUUUAUGCAAGGGGAGGUCAAAGUUAGAUAUCUAGGUGGGUUGUGGUAGAUGCAGUUCUACAAUAUCUAUGUAUCUACUGAUGGCCAUAAAUGGUUUAUGCAAAUCUCCAUAUUCCAUUGUGACAACCCAUCAGAGGUCUGUUGGUGGUUUGGAAUUCAAAUGAAGCAGAACAACCCUCCGGGGGCAACCCUGAAGGUGGAGAGAGGUCUUCAUGGGUCUGUGGUGGCACAGGGGAAAUAUUAUCACUAAAUAUCUGUGGUGACGUAUUCAAUAGGAUCAAAAGUGAAAAAGCUAAGUUAAGAUGUCUGAAAAUUAUGGCAGUCAGUGAGAAAUCGAGUCAGGUGGCAGGGCCGGCUUUAGGAGUGUGCAAGUUGUGCAGUUGCAGGUCGCGAUAAGUAGUGUGGCCACGUGGAACCCGGGUUCAGGUUUUCAUUAUCCUCCACCCGAGUAUUGCAGAGAACCUGAUACAGGCAGCGGGGCAAAGCUAAAUGGGCAGUGGGGGUGGAGCUAAAUGUGGCCUGAAAUCGCUGCUGCACACGGAUAGUGAAGCAGAAAGGCAUCCUUGCUUCCCCAACCACUAGACACUAGUGAAGGCAGUGCCUCCAUCCCUUACCCAGUGCCCAAAAAUGGAAAGAGGUAACUGUGUUUGUGACUGCUUGUAACUGAGUGUAUGACUCUUUGUAACUGUGUGUGUGUGUAGCUACCUGUAACUGUGUGUAUGACAGUCUGUCUGUACCUGUGUGUGUUGCUACCUGUAACUGUUUGUGUGACUACCUGUAACUGUGUGUGACUGCCAUUACUUGUGUGUGUGACUGCCUGUAACUGUGUGUGUGACUAGGACCAUGUCUGUGGAUGUUUUUAACAGAAUAUGUGUAUAUCUGUGUACAUCCGACAGCGAGACAGUGUGCAUGUGACACUGCAAAAAUACACACCAGCAUUCACACAUGGGCCUACAUGCAUAUUAUCUGAAAUAAAUGCUCAUCACACACAGUCAAUACACCCAUAACAAAUAUCACACACAGCCAACAUACAGCAUACACAUCACACACAGAGAUCACAUCUAUUAUACACAGACAACAAACAUACACACACACACACAUUACAUCAUAUUAUUGUAUGAUUUAUUACAGUGGUACUCAGUCAUACAAAAUACACAUUACAUCAUAUUAUUAUGAGAUGUUUUUUUACAGUGGAGCUCUGUCAUACAAAGUACACAUUAUUCUGUGUUGUAUAGUUGGAGAGCUAGGUGACAUUAGAGUUCAUUAUUUCUUUAUUUUAAUUCUUUAUUUUAUCCAUAGUCAGAUAUGUCUUAGACAUUGCAAUAAACGUUACAGCAAAAACAGAAAUUCAGGAAAUGAAGUGUUGGCAUUGUAUCCAGAUAACUCUCGUUCUAACCAUGAGAAUUGCCGUGUGAGCACCUAGGGGAAAAUCUUAUCAGGUUAGGGGCAUAUUCACAUCAACAACAAAGUAUGAUUAGGGUAACAAAAUGAUUAAAUCGAACGAGUGAGGCUAUGGUGAGAUAGGAGACAGCUCAUCUAAAUAGAGGUGAGUGUACGAUAACAUGACAGGAGCUGGGGGUGGAGGGGGGUAGAUGGUGGUAUUGGAGCUAGUAUAUCCAGGGUAAUCCUGGUUUCGGCCAGGUUAGGCCUCUAAGGCAUGCCCGUAGACAACCUAAGAAUAUGAAAACAUAGAAAUAACAAGGGCCAACAUAUAGAAAAAUAAGAGAACACAAAUAAGAGAAAAAAAUUUAAAAAAUGAAUUCUAGUAAGUUAGGUGAUCGCCAUUCCAGAUGUGCUGCUGCGUGCUGGAACAAACGGGGCAGCAUUCGCUGGGUCUCAGGUUGUGAUUGUGGGAGGAGAGGAAGGGCUGAGGCCUUUGGUUGCCAGGAUAGCGUCUAUUUCCGAUGCAUCUGUAUGCUAGUGCUGGACUGGAAGUACACAAGGUGAUCCCCAUCUGUACUUCACUCCUUUGUUAGAUAGGAUUGGUGUCAGGAGUUAGAGGGAAGCUGAGUUCCAUGCCUUCAAAACGGUAUGGUGUCUUACCCCUGGUGGCAUUUAGGAAGGCAGCCUUGUCUUGCCCGUUUUGGAAUUGGAUGAGUAGAUCACUCGUACCUGUCCUCCAGAGCAGCCAAUUGGUGCAUAAAAGUGGUUUGAGCUGAAGUAAGGUCACUGACCUGCCACUGGAGUUCUAGACAGCUGUGAGGCGUGCGGUGAACCCCCUUACACCUUCCCUUACCUGGGAGAUUUCUGCUGCGAGUGUCUGGCAAAGAACAGACAGGAGGCUGGUUAGUAUCUCCAUAGUGACAGGGGGAGAUAAGGUUGCAGUUGGUUGUGAGAGUUUGGGUGGCCCUGUGUAUCCCAGAGUGUCUGGGUUGUAAAGGGGGGAGUCAUCUGAGAGGUCAGAGAUAUCAUGGAGUUCGGCCUCCAUUUCAGGGCUGACUCAGCCAUGCGGCCUUCGCAGCAGGUCCCCUAUAUCCACCGUGAAGCGUGGACGAUCCAGCCACGGCUUUUUGUUCUUCCUUCCCAUAGUGUUAGGGGCACUAUCACCCCCACGGCACUGCCGGGAAUCGAAUUGUGAAGCUCGGAAUCAGGCAAUUGUAGGUACUGCUAACGGAGCACUGCGGGUUUGUGUCCGAUCGGGCCUUACUGUGAGUUUUAAUGUUGUGGAGUUCUGUGAUAUACUGGUACACACCAUGUAGCACAACAAGGGCUUUUUUUUUCAACUGUGGAGCUCAGUGAUAAAUGGAUAAACACAGCAUAGCACAGUGAGUUUUUAUGCCGAGAAGGUCAAGGUAAAUGAGGAAAAUCCAGAGCUACAAUGCAAAGCGACCUAGACUCCGAGAAGCUGUCUCCCGAGUUCCAGCCAAUCAGAGCAGUGCAGCAGAUUACAACAGUAAAACAACUGCUGAAGGCGCGCACACUGGGUUUAAAUAGAUGCCUACCCUGCUGUAGGCGGAGUUACCACUAGGCCAAAAGUGACAUCCUGGGACUCAGCAACUCCUUGGCUGCAUCACUGUUCCUCCUCUGCUCAGUGUCACACCCAGUGUCACCUCUGCCCCAUUCCGACAUGUUGGCUGAUGGUCCUGCAUGGAAGUCUCUAUCUCGAUAAGAUGGUGCGACAGCUGUGAACUCCAUACCAGCGGGCAGCUGGGUGCCACAGGUGCCACGACUGCUGCAAACCAGCCUCCAUUGCUUCACUGGGGCCCUGAGACAACCGAGUUCUGCUGGUCAAUGUAACACUCACCUUAUACAUAACCAAGAGUCAAAAUGAAAGACUGAAGCUUUGGGCUUCACAGCACCCUAAAAAAAAAUCCAUUAUUUUCUUCAAGAAAAUCUUUGAGUGGUACAUUUUAAUUAAUAAAUUAAACUUGAUAUGCUUUAUAAUCUAGUCUAUUAAAAUGGCAUCAUCUUCAGGAGGGAGCAAGCACACACUACUGUUCGCUAAUAGACCACAAAAAAAAAUAUUUAAAUUGAAGGCAUCUUCCUCUAAGAAAUAAGUUAAAACCAUGUUCACAUCUUUAAAACUGCCUGAGCAAUCCAAGAUUCAAUGACAAAGAAAGGCACAGACGUGCCAUCAUCGAAUACACCUACACUAAACCACGAACAUAUUCUAACCCUUGGCCGCUGGAGUAGAGAUGCAGUAGACCCUUAUUUUGUCCAUACCAUUUUGCUAAUAGUACAAAUUAUUCUUUCAUUACUUAAAGUGCCAGUAUUAGGGCUGUGAGAAGCCUUAGGGGAGUGCAUGAGUGCCUAGUAACCCAGGAGUGAAGUAUUGUCAGCAUUAGGUUUCCAUGGCAACUCAAAGUUUAAUAGAUCCAGGAACGAGACGAACCAGACUGACGUCUCCAAAGAGCUUGAUAGCACUGUAAUGACGGGUGUGAAAUUCAGAUUGACCAAGAUUAAUCAUGUGUUCAGCAACCUCUGCUUAGACACUUAAGCCUGCCUUUAACUCCACCACUUGAAACCUUCCACAAGAGGCUUGAAUACAUCAUCACUUCAUUUCCUGCCUUGGACGUCCCAUUAGUAGUAAUUAUUCAACCCCAGCCCACCAAAUGAAAAGCAUUUACGUUCACAAUCGCAUCCUUCAAAUUGGGAUGUGUUAAAUCCCAUGUUUUUCAGUCCAAUUUUCAUGAAUUAAUGGUAGGGGAUCUUCAAAUAGAUGGAAGGCAGAAGAGAUUUAGAUUUGGUGGAAAUGUCAAAUGUAUAUUACAUUUUCAAACAAACAAAUAUAAAACAGCUGAGGGUGUGUGUGUGUGUGUGUGUGUGUGUUUUUAACCUAAAUUUUGUGUGAAACAAAAAGGCAGAAAUCCCCACCAUUUUAUCCUGUAGCUCUGUGCCUCCAUCUUAAAUAGAAGCUCUGACCUUUGCACAUGGCAGAAAGCAUACAGAAAAGAGGAGAAAUUAAAUAAGGUUUCUAUUCCUCCCCUAGUGUAAUGUGUGCCCUGGCGGUGCCUAGAUUGAACUGGAUUGUUAUAUUAUUCCUUUAAGGACACAGCUACAGACGUACAAGGGACGGAAACAUUCUGUCAUGUGUCCUUAAAGGGUUACUUGCAAAAUGUUUAAUGUACAUAUAAAAGAAAAAGGAGAACCACGUUAAUACAAGUUACAUGUGAUUUAAAAUCUUUAAUUCAGUUUAAUUCAGAAAUUUCUAUGGAAGUAACCAUUCUCAGAAUUCAACUUACAAUUUUUAACAAAAAGACUGUGGAGAGUAUUCACAUUUUUCACAUUUGGAUAUUUUUGACUACGAUUUGCAAUUCACAAAUUUUUUUCCAGAUUUUUAUCAAUAAACCAAAUAUUUUAGAUGUAAUUGGGGAACCAAGUUCAGGGAGAGUCUACUGAUAUUUCUAUUUGUUUUGUUAACAGGAAGACGAUUUGAACGGAAUCCACAUUGUAGCCUUCGCAGAAGAGGACGAUCCAGGUGAUUUGCCACUGGGAGACAACAUUCUUAGUUUUAGAACAUUGUGAAGUAGAGGUGUAAAUAAACGCAACAGCUGAUGAGCACACAGGUUUCCUAUACUUUAGGGUGAUUUACCUCCACAAAUUAAAUGCCCACCCUAGCCCCAGCUUACUUGGUUCUGAAAGGGGGGAAUCAGUUAAAAGCUUACUACCCUAUGUAAUUCACUAUUAAGGAUACAGUUUUAAACCAAAACAUUCUAAACACAGGCUAAAGAGUGUUUGACAAAAAGUACCAAUUAAAAAAAAAAUAGUGAGAGAUCCAAUUUAAGUCCUGGAUCAAAAUAUUUAUUGACAAGACUUGGUGAAGUGGCUGGCCUACCUUGUGCGAUCAACCUGCAGAGGGCACAGGUUGGCUACACCUGUCGUAGGGGACAUAAAUAAUUUUAUGGGAUCUAGUAAGGUUACUUAACUAACCAUGCUUUUGUCUUGAAACAGAUGGUUAUGAAUUCCUGGAGAUCAUCAAAGAAGUCGCAGAAGACAACACAGAUAACCCAGACCUGAGCAUUAUUUGGAUUGACCCAGAGGAUUUCCCAUUGGUGAGAUAUUACUAGUUAUCAUGCCACAUUUUGAAACUAUUAAUCGAAAUAUGAUUUUUAUGAGAAAUAGCUACUUAUUGAAUUACAUUAGUUAUUUCUCGGUGUGAAGGCUAUUAUACUUUGUCAAACCCCACAAAGCAAAAGCAAGGAACAAUGAUUAAUUUGAGUGAGACAUAUCGGACAAAGCAAUCCUUUUUUAUAUGUAAAUGGUUAAGACACAAGCAUUAUGAUUCUUCAAUUAUUUUAUGACUUAUGUCAUGGAUUCAAUGAAAAAUCUGCUCUUCUUCCAAAAGUACAAUUGAAGUCAACACUGUAAUAACUACCCAGUUGAAAUUCUUCAGGUAAAUGUUCAUUACGAUUUUUGAAUUUUUAUUUAAGGCUUCAGUGACUAACUGUAAGAUGUAAUGUGUCUUACCACCUAAUAAUACCUACUAUCAAUUCAUUUACCACCUUAUCAAUCUAAUUUUAUGUCGUCCCUGUCUUUUAGCUGAUUCCAUACUGGGAGGAGACGUUUGGGAUUGACCUCUCUCGACCUCAUAUUGGUGUGGUGAAUGUGACAGAUGUAAGUACUGUUCUAUCUAUGGUUAAGGCACAGAUAGAAGAAGAUGGAUUGAAGAUAGCAAAACAUCUAUAUAGAUUGCAACCAUAAGCAUGCUUAUAACUAACUAAACCUGCCUACGUAAGUCUGACUAUGUAUGAGUAUACAUUGGCCAAAUGUGGUUCAUAACUCAUGGGUUCUCUGUGUGGGAGCAUUUUAGAAGGCUCUGCAUAUGUGUAAGAGCUAGCAGGUUGGCAUGCAUGCCCAACUGGAAGAGCAAACACGUCCUGUGCCCACAAUUGGCACUUUCAAGUUUGGAGGUAAAGUCAUCUGCCUGUCUGUAAACUCCUUUACUCUUCUACAAUUAGAUUAAAGCCAAAUUAGUGAUUAUGCUCCCAGCAUCUUCGAUUCAAUGUCCAUCAUCUACAUUCUUAAGUUGUGUAGAAUCACAUCAGCUCCAAAAUGACUCACCUAUGCAAUUUGUUUUCCCUGGCUUUCCCACCUUUAUUUUAUUUAGCAAACCACUCAAUUCCCUCCCUCCCCUCCCUCGACUCCAUCAGCUUUUAAAAUUACCCAUAUUUCUCCUUUCAAGACUCCCUGCUGGUAACUUGUCUCUCUUUUGAGAUGCUUAUUCAUUUCCUUCAGUGACACUUAAAAUACACAUUUGAUUUACCCUUAGCUUCUGUACCAUUCAGAAUGCCCGAUGAAAGCAUUAGCAGAAUCUUUUUUUUCUCUGACUGCCUUAUUGUACUUUCUAUUUAUCCCGAGCCCCUUUUAUUCCAAUCUGCGACUGCUUCCUUUUUACUGGAAUAUAAUUACUGCUGUUUCCUCGACUCCUGUGAUGCUGUUUGACACUGUAGCUGGCCAGCCAGUCCUGCUCAAUCCAAAUAUGAUUUGACAAUAAAACACAGGCAGACAGACUAAAUUCUUUAAAAUUACUAUCACAAGUCAGAAAAAAGAUUAAUGGAUUCAAGCAACAAUUGGACAAGGUAAACGAAUCCAGCCACGCCCACAAUAUAUUAGAUUGCUAAGAUUUGUAUUAAUUUAUUAGACUACAUCCUUCAAAGUUCAAUACAGUUUUCCUUGAUAUCCGUAAAAAGCAUAUGGUCGGAAUGCCAACAUCUGCUCUUCACCAGAAUCCAUACAUUGGAGUUCAUUCUAGAGUCUAUUCACUAGAGUCCAUUUAAAUGUGCAGGUAUAAAUUAGGUGCAUAUACAAAUAGCACUACAAAGCAUGUACGCAGAAUCAUGUUUAUUUAAUAACUAUGUUUUUUAGAGCAAAUAUUCUGUUAAUAGAUGCAAAACAACAGGUUGCCUUAAUGGACAACGGUCACCUCAAAGCUAUUUUUUAAUAUAAUAAUCCUAUUAUCAAGUCUUAAAAGGAAAUGUUUUUCAAAAUUAUUUUUAAUUAAUUAUAUGAAAAACUCACCCUACCUUUAUUAUACGGAAGGAUCCUUCAACUAUAUGCAUGCACCUUGGGUCAGACGGUGUUUGAAGACUGACAGUUAGUCUCUAUGGCCAUAUCUACUUCACUUUCUGCACAGAUGUAGGGAAACCAUAGAGACUGUUGGAUUUCAAACACUGUCUAUUUUUGAGGUCACUUUCAACUAUAACUAACAAGUUGUUGGAGGUGGGAUGAUGUACAAAUAAAAAAAAAACUAUAAGUUCUAACAAAAACACUCACAUUCUAUGCACAAAAUUAACAUGUUUGCUUUUAGUAAGGGGCAUCUAAGAAGGGUUGAGGCAUUCUGGCCUGGCAAAUUUCUUGUCAUGUACCAACUGGAAGAUUCCAAUGUCUUGAUAUGACAUCAGGUAGCCAAGUCUGAAGAAACUAUAUAUUGUGUUCCCAUAUAUGAAAACAUUUUUGGGUAUUGGCUUCUGUUGUUACAAGGGAUAUACAACCUUUCUACAAGAAAGAAGGACAGAUCAUUUUAGCCAGAACUUAAGGAGCCAGUCAAAAAAUGCCAAAGCAAAACAUCCUGUGCCACAUGGCACCUACCAAUUACCUACACUGGACUGGGACUUAAUUAACUAUAUACAGUGAUCAGCUAUCACCUACAUCCAACUACAUGACACAUGCAAAGUCCGUCUGGCAUCCUCAACACAUACACCAUCUGUCUGGCAUGGUGGCACCCAUAAUUAUAACUAAACGUAUAUAACACAAAGUAUUAACAUACACACAGUCUACAUAUCUAGACCGAAGAUAGUCCUGUAUUUCAAAUACAGAGCAAAGUGCUAAUCCUGGGCCAGACAGACUACCUCCCAGACCUCCUAAACCUCCACCGGGCAACUACUGUAACAUGGUGGGAGAAGAGGUUGUGCAGAAGAGGGGCUGGUAGGAAUUAGCAGGCAUCAGGCUUGGAGCAGCACUGGUAUAUCAUGAUGCAUGUAUCUCAUUGUCCCACAUGCCAUCUGCAUCUAUGUGGAUAACAGGCAGUCACAGAUACACGCACAAUGCUGUAUUCUCGUCUUAUGCACACAAUAUUCCCUGGGUGCAAGGAGACGAUUUCUAGUCACCAUGGCGACCUGGUGCCUAGGGUUUGUUGUUACCAUGUUGUUAUUAACAGCUUCCCUGCCACACCAGCAUUCACAGAGGGUUGGUUUUGUGUCCAGCAUGAUAGCAAAAUGAAAUAAAAUAUGCUCCCAUGCUGUUCCUCCUCUUCCGCUGAAUCAACUUCACAACAAUCUGGCUCUCGGUAUCAGAAAAGAAAGAUGUAUUUCGUGGCUUCAUCCCUGUAGAAAAUCACAGGAGCCUAUAAGUCUCAAUGUACAAAGGGGAGAAGCAAAAAGGAAAAUGCACCGGGAGGAGAGAGCGAACUGUCAACAUGGAAUCUUAUUGCUAACUUUGUCGAUUCUCUUUAUACUUGAUAAUUAAUGCACAAUUAAUUAAAAACUGUGUAACAGACUGCAUUUAAAUAUAUUUUAGUACAAUAGAUACAAAUAAAACACAGGGGAAGAUAGAUCUCUAGGCAACAUGCUUACGAGGCUACACUGGGUUGAUAGCCCAGUUUAGUGCGGAGGGUGGACAAACUCUCUUUGUCAUCCCGAGAACAACUUCUAGAUGCCUGCAUGAGACACCUAUGUAUGGCUAUAACAUGGCAACACAAGGUAAAGUUCCAAAUCUGUACCUCUUGUUGCCCUGUUGCAAAUCUGAAGAUCUUGCUUAUCUUCUGCCCAGAUUUGUCAGGAAAUGCUGUCAUAUGGUGUCACUCCCCUGGCCCAGUAACACAGGUGUGCUUGUACCAAAAUAUGUAAUACUGAUAGGACCUCCCUCAAUCCUUAAUAGUGCAACAAAAUAUAUUCACAAUCCAACUGUUGGAUGUUAAAGAGUAAUUUAUUUGUCCUCUGGGCUUUCCAUGUGUCCUAUUCCUGAAACUCACAUCAGACCCAGAACUCAAAAUGUUAUUCUGGUUCUUGUCAGUCUGGGGUCAACUGACAACCCCCAAUAACAUAAACUCUGGAAUGUGUUUAUUCGUUAACAAGGCCAGUAAGGGCAAUAAUAAAUUCCUGGUGAUUCACUGAAGAUAAUAAUAAAUUGCUGGUGAUCCAGUGGUUUUAAUAACAAUUCCCUGGUGGUUUGGUGGUGGAGUGCAUGAAACAGCAAGGGAGCAAUUAACAUGGUCUGCAUCAGGUGGAAUUGCCAACCAUGUUCUCUACCACCUGACCACCAGGGACUUUUUUGUAUACAUAAUAUAUUGUCAAUUUAGAUCGGCGCAGCAGUAUUCUCGGACACUAAGCCACCCUGCAAUUGUGCCCUAAGGCGGCUGCCUGUGCUGGUCCCCAAGAGUAUCUCUGGCUCAGCUGCUAGCAUAGAGGACUCUGCAUGCCCUCUGGGGCAUGCAACCAACAGAAACACUAAAACGUAUCUCCGUUCCAUCACCAAGUUCUCCCCUCAGCCAAUACACCUUGACUGAUGUCACUUCUCCUCGCCAGAGGUGAAGGUAGGUCAGAGAGGAACUACUAAGGGGAGGACAGGUGUGGCACAGGAUUUGGAAGUGUGCUACCAUGGACUGUCUUGUGCCAGUAUUCCUUGUGUGCUGGUGUCAAAUGCCAAUUUUGCACAGAAGUUACAUAAUUUACCCGGAACUUUGUUCUAUGCUGGCAAAUGAUGCUGGGGUUAAUCUCAUAGCGAAGCGCUGCACAUGGAGACUGCAGGCAUUAUGACUACUUCAAAUCACUGACAUAGUCAUGGUGCUUUGAAAAAGCCUUCAUAGUGAAAAUUUAAGUCAAUUGAAAUUAUAUAGUAAUAUUUUCCUAAAGUGAUAUUAUACAGAUUUAUAUGUUCUGAAAGCUUCAGAUUUAGAAACUAACAUGUUUUCCAUUUGAUUCAUAGGCCGAUAGUGUCUGGAUGGACAUGGAUGAUGAAGAGGAUUUACCCACAGUAGAUGAACUGGAAGACUGGAUUGAAGAUGUUUUGGAUGGUGAUAUCAACACAGAAGACGAUGAUGACGACGAUGAUGAUGAUGAUGACGACGAUGAUGAUGACGACGAUGAUGAUGACGACGAUGACGACGACGACGAUGACGAUGAUGAUGACGACGAUGAUGACGAUGAUGACGAUGACUAAACAGUCGCUGAUUAAAUCGUUAGCAUCUAACUAGUUUAUAUACAUGUCAAAAAUCUGACUUUAUCAACAAAAUAUUUUUGUAUGAAUUCUUGAAAUUUAAUCUCUCCUUCAAUUACUAAAUAUGAUUGUAACCCACAAAUUAGGAAAAAUCCAGUUGUUUUGGGCAUGAUUCAGUAUUAUAAACUCCCUGAUAAGACAUCAAAGCUAAAUCAUCAUUUUCUAAGACCAAAGAAGACUCUGUCCAUCCUAAUCUCAACAAAUAAAAAAAUUCCACAAAGUAUUUAAUUAAACCGGGGGCCAGAAGAACUCUAUGUCGAUUCUUGGUGCGCAAAGACCCAAUAAGAGUUAAGAAAAUACCCUUACAAACCCAAAGAUUACAAAGCACUGAUUAAGCAUUUCUAUGAUGUUUAAUUCUGGCCUCUACAAUAGCUAUUGCUAAACCUUACGAUUGUAUGAAAAAUGUCACCUAGCUGGUCCUACUUACCACUAGCUAUGAUUAGAGCUCUCACCAAGCUAUUGCAGCAGUUAUGAGCAACAACAGUUGGUAAUGUAUCCACAUGAAAGCUGGUGCUACUUAUUACCAACUAUAGUUAUCAUCCUCAUGGCAUAAUCUCCACACUAUAGCUGGUGUUAGCUGGCUAUAUCUGGCUCUAGGUUUUAGCUGUAGACGGUGUUACUUUGUAACUACCGCUGGUGUGAUCUUCCUAUCUCCUAGCUGCAGCUAGUGGUAUCUCUGAGCUACAGCUAGGUUUAUCACCUAGCAAUAGCUGGUUUUAUUUAUUUGCAUAUAAUAUGCAGGUAACUUAGCACACCGAUGUGUGAAUUCUUAAAACAAAAUGAAUAAAGCUAUCUGUAAAUAGCUGUGUUGAAUGUUUGCAACAUGUUACCCCCUAGACUGUAACAUAUUUACCUCUGAAUAUGUAGCACACGUUAUCAUCCUCCUAAUCACCACCCAACCGUACAAACGUCAUUUAUUCUUUUAUUUUCUUGCCGACGACCGACAUAAUGAGGCAUCAAACUCGUACAUCACUGACAAUGUCUUAAAUGGUUCAUGGCUGUGAAAUUUGUGGGGGAAAAGAGAGCAAAACAAAUAAUUAUUCCAAAUCUAAAAUGGUACAAAAAGAAAAAAUCAGUAACACCCCAACACAGUGUGUGCGUUUUUCUUACUUUUGUGAUUUUACUUCUUCCAUAAUGCAUUUUCUAAUGAACGAGUGGUUAUUGUUA